AUGAAAACGGUAAGGAAAGAAUUCACCGGACUCUUUGCCUUAUGAUUUAUUUAUUUUUAUUUUUGUCUCCCGCAUAAUGGUGCGUUCAGAUGUGGAGCUGGGGUGGUUUAUAAUGCACUAGGCGAAGUGGAUUUUGAAUAAUUUCAGAGGAACCUUUGAGCUCUGGGGAUUAAAAAAGUGGACGCGGAGGGGGGAGAAUGGGGGUGCGCGCGAGGAUCUUCUGAGGCAAAGAAGCUUGGUUUAAGUGUGCUCUUGAGCAGUGAAAACUUUUCUGUUUCGGAAGCAAGAAAAACAAUGGUUGGCAAAAUAAUGCGAGCCCUUUUUGUUUGUCGGUUCCUUUAAACUCAUUGACUUUGCUUCUGCUAUUCUAAAGCCCAUCAUUUGGUUGUGUCACGUCAGUGCCUAUAUAAAUGGGGGAGACAAGUGCAUAUUUUCGUGUGUGCAUGCGACUCAAAGGGUCGCAUUGAUGUAAUAGCUGGAGCCCGGAUGCUCGCCUGAAGGAGAGAGACAUUAAGCUCUUAAGAGGCUAAUGGGAGAGAUGGGAGAGUGUAGCUUUGAUUUAGCCCUAGACGCGGAGGGAGUUGCUAGACUCGCAACGCUUGCCGAGACGAUUGAAUCGCUGUGUGUGUGUGUGUCUUUUCAAAGGGGUUUUUGGGGAAGGGGAGGCAAAGGUGUGUGGCCGGAGGGUGGGUGGGGGACUAACUGGGACCGUGCUCCCGGCUAAUGUGUGUCCACUCUCUUGUCUUUGCUAAUUUCUUUCAUUGUUGUACAAGAGGAGAGAAAAAGAGAGCGCGAGAGUCAAUCUCAGACUCUUGUUUUUAUUUGGACUGCCUUUGCAACGCAUUUGGGCCUCAUGCCAAGUGUCUGGGUCACACGCGUUUUAUCCAAAUAGAUUUAGCGCUGCUGUCUGGAAAUGGGCUGCUGAAUGUUAACUUUAGGAUCAGCUCCACCAGAACAGCCACAGACUCUUCCCUGGGGUGGGGGGUGGGGAGAGGCGAGGCGGGGGAAGAGGGCUUUUGUUCUUUAGAGUUCUCUCCGAGGGGGUAGAUGUAAAAUGUUCUUUUGUACUCAGAAGGCAUGAAUGUGUGCGGGGGGGGGUCUGGUUUAAAAGAUUGUUUUUAAGUAGUCUGGACUUUCAGCAGUAAAAAAUGACAGCCGAUCCUUUAGAAAGUUAAGGAGGGGGAGAAGAGGAGGAGGAGGGCGGCACAAAGUUUUACAGAUAACUUGACUUUUGCCCUCCUCCCCACCCCCAUCCUUCACCACCCAGGUGGCAGCUGAUCUGGCGAGUUGCAUUGCAAGUGAGAGGAAGCAGCAGCAGCGCUUUUAUUCCUGUCUUGCUGCUUAUUCGCGAUGCAAUCCUGCGUGUGCUUACUUGGGAGUAAGCGCCAUUAAACUCAAUGGAACUUGCUUCCGAGUAAAUCAUACGCCAGGCUGCACACACCCACACCUCUUUUCCCUUUGGUGUUGGCUCCGUUGCUUAGCUAAUUAUUUAAAGGCCGUGAAAAGAAGCCCUAAACUCCAAAAACCUUCGUUUGUUUCUUUUUUAAAAAUCUAGUGCGCCCUUCAAAUCAGGCUUUUUUUUGUGUGUGGUGCUUUGUGUCUAUGCAACAGCCGCUCUGUAAAAACCUGGUGUGGGAGAAGCGACGUAAAGAAGCCAAUACCUGUGAUUGAUAGGACACCCACUUCCCCUCCUUGCCUGUCGUCGCUUUGCCUUAGCAACCCCUCGUCGUCCCAGGGAUCACUGGCCGCUUCUCGGGAGUCCUGCCCAUUCAAGACGUCUCUCUCUCCCUUUCCACCCCCCCCCCUGCUCACUCCUUGCCAGGAGAGGCUCUGUGACUUGCAUGAGAGCAGCCAGGAGCCCGGGCGGUGGGGGAUGGGCGCCGCGGCUGCAUCUUUCUCCCUCGCGCGCUCUGUCAAUAUGCAACGGGGAGCUCCCGCCAAGCAAUAUAUGCGCCUCUUGCCCCGAUGCUUAGCUGCCAGAUGCCCCUGUGUGUCUGAAGGCCGCUUCACCUGAAGGCCGCUCUGAGGGAGCUGCAGCAGACAUUGCCCAGAAGUAGAGGGAACGGGUCUCUUUAUCCCUUGGAUGAGCAAGCAAGGCUGGCAGGCAACACUUCUGGGUUUUGUUUGCAAGGGGAGGCGGCGACCUUCACUUUUGCUCUGUUUUCGUUUUGCAUUUUUAUGUUGUGAGCCGCCCCGUGAUCUUCGGGUGGAGGGCGGUAUACAAAUGAACAAAAUGCUUGUUUAACCUGGAGGUAGGCUGUAUGAAUUGUGUAUUGCUUUGUAACGAUUUGUUGGGUCUCUGGACCGUAAUACAGUAAAGGUUGAUGAUGAACUACAAUUAACAACAACAACGCCUGAUCUAGACAGGCGCUCGCUCUCUCCCUCCCUCUCUCCACCCCCCUCCCCCGGCGUCCUCUCUCCUGGGGAGCGGAUGUAUUUGCAGGAGUUUUUUGCGGCUUAACGCCAGGCCAUUAGUGGGCCACAGGUGCUACCGCCAGAGCCGAGUAAUGUCUGAGCAAACAUUGCCCAGGGAGAUAGAUGAUGCGGCUGGAGAAUGAGGCUCAUUGAAAAGAGCGGCGGCUGCUGUUGGUGCCGGCGGCGGCGGCGGAAAGCCGAUGGGUUCAGUUUCGCUGCUGCUGCUGCUGCUGCUGCUGCUGCUGCUGCCUUUGGAGGCAGGCCCAGGGCCGGUGGUGGUGGCUGACUGAGCUGCAGGCGCUGUACCGUUGCCAAGUCUCCGGCGGGAGAAGGAAGGGAGGCCGUUUGCAGGCGGUGGGAAGGAGCCUGCGAGCACAGGCUCUCGCUGCUGCUACCUGUUUGCACCAAGAGGUGACUUGAGUGAGGUUGCAGGGGUUGGCAGGGUCGGCCAGGGUUCAGAAAUCUGUCCUCAAGUACCUUAAAAUAUGUGAAAUAAUGAUCAAAAAGGUGUUUCUGCCCAUCUGCAGGGUGUCUUUCUCUCACCAUGGAGCAGCUGCAGGCUGUUUUCUCUUAACCCCCCCCCCCCCAAGUUAAGGAUUAACCAUUAAGAAGUAGAAAGGCAAAACAGUGGUACCUUUAAUAAUAAAUAUUAAUAUUUAAUAAAUAAUGCCUUUAUUAGGACCUUUAUUCCCCUAAAUAUGGGUAGAGCUCAGUUGGCAAGGAUGCAGGUGGCGCUGUGGGUUAAACCACAGAGUCUAGGGCUUGCUGAUCAGAAGGUCGUUGGUUCGAAUCCCCGCGACAGGGUGAGCUCCCGUUGCUGGGUCCCUGCUCGUGCCAACCUAGCAGUUCGAAAGCAUGUCACAGUGCAAGUAGAUAAAUAGGUACUGCUCCGGCGGGAAGGUAAAUGGCAUUUCCGUGCGCUACUCUGGUUCACCAGAAGCGGCUUAGUCAUGCUAGCCACAUGACCCGGAAGCUGUACGCUGGCUCCCUCGGCCAAUAAAGCGAGAUGAGCGCCACAACCCCAGAGUCGGCCAAGACUGGACCUGAUGAUCAGGGGUCCCUUUACGUUUACCUUUACCAGUUGGUAGAGGGCUUCCUGAAUUCUCUAGGUGCAGUUGGGAAAGGCUUAUGCCUGAAUCUUGGUGAGCUUCUGUUGGUCAGUACCUACAACACUAAGCCAGAUGGACCAGCGUGAGACAGCUUCAUAGGACCACUGUAAAUGUCACAAAGUCAUGAGCAAGCUUUCAUGUUGUCCUUCAUCAGGAAAACUAUUGAGCAAAAUAAACAGAUGGGUGUAAGGAAAAAACACACACAGAAUUAUGUUUUACUUCUAAGCCUGCAGUUCUUGAGAUGGAGUAUAGGAGGAGUCAUAGAAUUGUAGAGUUGGAAGGAACACGAGGAUCAUCUAGUCCAACCCCCUGCAAUGCAGGAAUAUGCAGGUGACCCUUAAGGGGAUUGAACACAGGACCUUGGUGUUAUCAGCACCACACUCUAACCAGCUGAGUUAACUGGAAAGAGUAGUCGUACAGACAUAAUUGGAUUAGGCUCAGUGGGUGCAGGGCAUAUCCUUGGGUGUUGGGGCAAAAAUGAAGCAAUUCUUCACCCUUUGCUGAAAAUAUGAAAUCUGGUUCUGUCUCCAGCUAUUUCCAGGAGAGACAGCUUAACUGAGUGAGAGCUAUUUUUGACCCAGUUCUUAGUCAAAAAGGCUUAUACUCUAAAAUACAUGAUGAUGGCACACAGUGAUGGGGAGGGAGAAGGGAAAAAGCGAGCUCAGCAUCAGUUUUUACCCUAUAGCCAGCAGGACUUGGAAGCCUGUUCAGUGUUUUUUUGUCCCAGUGAGGCUAGGAGCCAUCUGGACUUUUUAAAUUCUGAGCAGGAUUAGAAGCUGUUUGGACCCUAGCAAUUUCUCUUCUCUAUCCCACCUCCUGGCCAGCUAUGUGAAAAAUUGUAGGUCUUCCUUGCAGCACUUGAGCUUCCCUGGUGGUCUUCCAUCAAGGUAAUCCAGCUUGGUUUAGUUUCCUAGCCUUGGGUGGUAUGGCCAGAGGUGUCUGAGAUUAGGGGCCCCUGUCCAAGUACAAGAACAAGCCAUGGGGGCAAGCCAGACUACCUGAGGAAGUAGGGCUUGGGUAGGUCUGAGACCUUGAGUCCCUAUCCUACCCACAACAUUUUUCUUGGUAGAUAGCCCUGAGACUGGGAAGCCUGGUAGACUACCUGGUUAAUUUGGGUACAGUAAGUCCAGUUGGAGCAGGCUGGUCUGCUGGUGGGAUCCCUCUGAUGGCAUGUCUCUUGGACUGGCUUGGUUCUAGCACUUCUCUGGAAAUGAAGCAUUGGUUCAGUGGCUGCCAGCCCUGCAAAGUUUCCCUGUGCAGGAAGGAGAAGGGUGAGGAGCACCAGAGAUCCCUUUGCAUGGCCUCUAUCAUUGCAAGCUUUCUAAAAUAGUUAUCCGCUGCAGAAGGAAACUGAGGUGAAUGUCAGUGUAACUAUAUCAUGUCCUCGCCACUGCUAAUAUAUUUAUAGCAUUUUAAUUGUAGCAUAUUGAAGGAGAAGAAAGGCAGGUUUGUGCUAGUCAGGAAAGGCUGCUAAACCAAUCACCUGCACCUCCACAGAGUUCCCCUGUGCACUAUUUAUUGCUGCUUUUCUUCACCUAGACUUUACUAUUCCAGAGAGGCUUUUUCCAUUAGGCACAUGACGAUUGGAUUUACAUAUGUGUUAAAAAUUAAUCCAGAUGAACACUUUCUGCUCUCUCCCCCCCCCCCGCCCCCUUAAGUAGAAAAACAGGGUUUAGGCACAGAAACUGAUUUGGUAGCCCUGCAUGAUGACCUUUGUCAUGAGAGAGACAGGGGAAACAUGUCCUUGUUAAUUCUCCUCGACUUCCCAACAGCUUUCAAUACCAUCAACCAUGGCCUCCUUCUGGAGCAGCUGUCUGGGUUGGGAGUGGGUGGCACUGCUUUGAGGUGGUUCUGGUUCUACUCGGAUGGUCGCUCCAAGAUGCUUGGGGAGUGUUUUUCAGCCCAUGGAGCCCUCCAUGUGGAGUUCCUCGGGGCUCAAUUUUCUCCCCUAUACUAUUUAACAUCUACAGUACAUGAAAUGGCUGAGUGGGGUCAUCCAGAGUUUUGGAGGACAUUGUCAGCAAUAUGCUGAUGACACACAUUUCUACUCCUUUACGUCUGCAGGCGAGGCAGGAGAUGUGCUGGACCAACAACUCCUAGCUUUUGUUUAGCCCGUGUUGCAGUGAGAUGGUUUUCCUUUUAGAGGCAGGUGGACUGAGUGUCCAACUCUUUUGUGUCAAAUGCUCUGGAGGGAUAGAAUUUGGUUGUAAAUCUCAUGAAAGGAUCUACAGAAUGCCAAGUGGAAUACGUUUUGUGCAGUGUUUUAUUUGUAUGCAUGUGAGAUGCUUUAAUAGGGUUUGGGCUCAAUUCACAUUCCACUUACUCUGUUAUAUAUUUGAAAUUCACUACUUUGGAAUACAUCGGUUGUGAUGGGUAUCUUCACUUACAAUAGAAUCAGAAAAGAACUAUUUGAUAUUAGGCAAACCUUUCUGAAAUGCUUUAUAUGGCUUAGUUUAGUUUAAUAACAUAUUUAAAGAGAAACUUCAGAGUUAAAGACUUCAGAGUGUGAAGGGGUGGCGAUUCAAGGAAUAAGGCACAUAUAUUUAACAGUAAAGUUGGUUAGCCAUACACACAUUUUAUACACACAUUUGUACCCACACAUAAACAUACUGUGCAUGCACAAACACUUGCUCAGUAAAAAGUAAAUUAGGUCUGCUGAUGUAAUAAUGACUGGGUAGAAUUCUGUAGCCCUUUUGUGAAGAGAGCCAGACUACAUAGUAAUGUAAUAGUCCCUUCUGGUAUUAAAAUAUAUGAAUGAAAAUGCUGAUAAACCCAACUAAUCCCAACACCUGCAAGAUUGUCUCAGCCAAAAUUAGGCCACCUGCUUGCAAAAUACUGGACUCACCAGUGUUUCCAUGCUUCACAGGUGGACAAGUCUUAUUUUAUAUAGACUAAGAACAUGUGCGUACUGUGGUAUAUGGUGCAGCUUUAAUGUAUUCACAUGAUUAUGCGUUUUGCAGAGCCAUUUGAUGCUAUGUUUGCUGUAUACCUUGAGCUCCAGAAACCUUGGCCUCAACCCAGAGAAAGUCACAACUUAAGGCUGUUGAGAUUCAGGGGUGGGGGUGGGUUUUCUCAUUGAUCUGAAGUGGACUUUGUCUUGGGGAAGCCUUGAGUGCAUGAAGAUUUUUAGAGUGCCUUUUAUUCUGUACUCUUUGAUAUUAAGAUUAUUAGUGUUCCAGUCUUAGUGCUGUGUUGUUUAGUGUUGGACUUGGUUAUAGAAUCUUAGAGUUGGAAGGGACCCAACCCCUUGCAAUGCAGGAAUCUCAGCUAAAGCAUCCAUGACAGAUGGCCAUCCAACCUCUGCUUAAAAACCUUCAAGGAAGAAAAGUCCACCACCUUUUGUGGGAGUCUGUCCCACUGUCGAACAGCUCUUACUGUUAGAAAGUUUUUUCGUGUGUUUAGCUGGAAUCUCCUUUCUUGUUACUUGAAGCCAUUGGUUCGACUCCUACCCUCCAAAGCAGGAGAAAACAAGCAUGUUCCCUUUUCCAUGUGACAGCCCUUAAGAUAUUUGAGGAUGGCUAUCAUAUCUCCUCUCAGUCUCCUCUUUUCCAGGCUAAACAUUCCCAGCUCCUUCAAGCGCUACUUGUAAGACUUACCCUUGAUCAUCUUGGUUGUCCUCCUCUGCACACAUUCCUUCUUAUAAGAAAGCUCUUACUUCCGAUCUAAGAACUUAGUCCUUAGAUUGGUGGUAACAGAUCCUUUCCCCUAACAUCACAUGAUGUUAAGUAACUGACAGGUGGGUAUAGUUUGCCCAUGGCCUCAUGACCAAAUUCAGAGGCCUAGUGGGCUGGAUGUUCCGCCACCUCAGUCCUAGAAUCUGACUACUAAUAUGCCCUAUAUAUCAGAACCCGAAAAACCAUAUGCCACAAUUAUAGCAAGUCCAGUGGAGGUGUCUGGAACACUGUUUCAUCUGUAUUGGAUGAGUUUCAGCUGCUUUGGCCUGAGAACACACAUAGAUUGCUUUGAAAAGUGCAGCUACGAGCUGCCCUCUUGAGCCUUGCCCAUCUUGGCUUCUUAGAGCUGGCCAAAGGAGAUUGACUGGGUGGGACCAUUGAGUGAUUAUUGCUUCAUUUGAGAAUAGAGAGAUACCCUCUAUCUUGAAAGACUUGAGAACUUUUCCGGACCCAUAAUGUGAAACAACUAUUGCCCAGUGGUAAAUAUCCUCUUUUGGGGCAAGGUGCUUGAGAAGGUGACAGCAGUCCACCUUAAGGCAUGCUUGGAGGAAACUGAUUAUCUGAAUCAAUUUCAGUCUAGCUUCAGGCCUAGUCACAGCACUGAAACUGCCUUGGUUGCCCUUGUUGAUGUUUGUCGGGAGAAGGAUGUUUUUCUUUUUGAGAUUUCACAAAAUUCUUUUAACCUUCAUACCUAAGUAGUGAUUGCAACCAGGUUUUUGACAUUUACUAUAACACACAUAUUUGAAACCUGUUCCCUUUUUCUGUGAUUUGCCUUACCCUUUGUGAAAGGGUGUGUCACAGGAAGAGGGCUAUGUCUUGCAAAUGCUGUUGAACUACACUCACUUGCACUACUAAUCAUGUGUAGUUGAUGUAUUGGGACAGAAUGUGAAUGGGAAUUGGUACCCAAAGACACCUUUGUUCACUUUACACAGCACACAACAAUUUUUUAAAAUAAAAAAAUACUUUAAAUGGCAUGCAGUGCUUUUCAAAUGGGUAUCAAGGCAGCAAACCACAUAAUACCAAAAACAUAAAAAGUUCAUUAAAAUACAAUGAAGCAGCAGACAUGGAAUCACUGAGCAGAAAAAUAAAUUAAGAUCCAGUACAGUAUAUGCUUAGGCAGACAUAAAUGUUUUUGUUCUAAAAAUGAAGCCUCACAACUGUUUGGUGCAGCACUAUUUAAAACACACUGCAUGUGCAAAGAUGCCUGGUAACAAGGCAGCAAUCCUCAGGCAUGUCACCAGUGCCACCCUCUGACUCAGGCCAACAUCUUUUAAAUGAAAUAUUUAUGCAGAAAUGGUACCUUUAAAAUGUUGAUAUGAGGUAGAUGGCAACUAGCUGUGUCAUGCUGGGGCCUCACAAGAAAAAGUGGGCAGCAGAGGCUCAGAGCAUAGGGAUUGGCCAGAGAAGGAAUAAGAGCAGAAUCAAUAUAUUUUUCCUGGAAUUUGGAGCACCCAUGUUAUAACACCCUAGGGCCCACAACUUUGAUACUUAUCAUCAUUCUGUGUAGUAUUGUUGGGAAAUGCCAAGAGUUAAGACUGCUUAUAAAAUCCUGAGUCAACUCUCUUGUAUGCAUGCAUGAUGUAAUGGUCUAUAAUUCCUAUUCUCUUGAGAAUGAACAUUAUGCCAUGGUCUUUAAUUAUCACACAUAAUUGCAUUUUAAUCACUGUUUCUGCCACGUACUUCCUGUGUUGAUAGAGGGUGAUUCUCAACCCACACGUGGCCCCUUUGGCUCUGUGUUCUUCAUUUGUUUAGUCUUGUUGAUGAGCUGAAGGAAAGCUUGUGUUACUGAAGGGUAACACAGCUGCAUUUAUGACUGACAGCAGGGGGGCUCUGAUAAUAAAGGAUGCUUUAAAAUUUUAGGCAACAAACAAAAUAAAAUAAUGUGACUCACUAGCCCUUAUGACAAACAAAAAAUAAUCUGAACUUUUAAUGAGCUUUGGUACUUGUAAAAUGUUGAGGAAGGUGGUCUUAUAUUAGUGACUCUUGGUGAGAAAAAUGGGCAGUGAGUUGUAGUUCUCGUGGAGAGACUACGGAAAACGUGUGCAGGGAAUAAGAAACACGCAAACAUAUUGAUCUAGGUUGUGAAAUGUGCUUGUCUGUCAGGUAAUUCUAAAGGAAAGGGGAACUUAUUUUCACUGAGCAUAUAAAUAUAUAUGGCUAAAUUAAAAAUCAAAAUGGUUGGCAUCUAUCUGUCUCAGGAGACAAUGGAAGAGUGCACCUUUGGUACAGAAAUCGAAAUAAAUUAACCAAUAUCUGUGCCAAAUCCUUCAUUCAAGCUCACAUUACAGGAAGAAGAAUGUUAAGGGCUGUAAGUGGUGGGAAUCUUGGGAGGCUGGAGAAUCUUGUUGUGGUCUGCCCUUCUUGUAGUACCACAAGCCAGGCAUUGUAUUCUGGUGGGAACAACACAGAGCUACAGGUAGGGGACCAGCUGGAUAGCUUUGACAAAGGGAAGGUCAAUGGCACUUGUUUGAUUUGGUAUUGUAAAUCAUUGUGACCUCAUCCGUCACUCCGGAACGGCAUGCAGAAUAGUUUUUGUGGGGAGGGGAGACAAAACUAAAGGAGUAGAGCAAUAAGGAUUUCCUUGCUCAAGUCUAUAUCCCUGGGCAACAAAUUAGAAGGGCCAGAUGUGAGACUUGCUGAUGCAAGUAGAGAUGGACAGAAGCCAAGCUAGAAAUUCUGACUGUAAACAUUUGCUGUAAGACCUAUGGCCUGAUGAACGAAGUGAAUGACCCAUAGGAAAGUGCAUCUUUUCUUGGCAGCGACCCGAAAUAGCAGCAACAUCCAAAAGUUCAACCAAUAAUAUUGUUGCUCUUGGGGAAAAAAUAUAUGGCUAAAUGGCCAGGAUCUGGGAGCACUUACCAGUGGUAGGAUGGUAGAACAAGCCAAACUAAUGAACUGUGAAUGAUCUUAGGUCAUUAACUUAGGUACAGGAAACAGGAAUCUAGUGAGGGUCAGCUAUACCUGCCCCAGGGAAGCAAUAGAGCCAGUUUAGAACUUAGAAAGGCUUCAUAGUCGAGUGGGGGUGUGGGGGUGCUGUACCUCUGCUAGAGUUCGUGGCUUUGCACCUGGCAUUCCAAUCAGUUCCAUAAAUUGUCUCUGAACCUAUCAUUCAGAGGCAGAGAACGCCAGAUGCAAAUUGCCACUCAUCUUUAGUUAACUUCCCUCUGAGCAGUAUCUGAACUUCUGUAGUUCUGCUUCAUAAAGCAGUAAAAGAGAAUUAAACACAGACAGGACAGCAGAUCAAAACUCCAAGAGUUAAUUAGAAAAAUGCCUGCCAGAAUCAGUGAGGUGAUGGAAGGUCUUAAGGAGCUAAUAGAAAGGCAUCAAGGAGCAUUUCACAACCUGGGUACAGCCAUGAAAAAGGUUUUCUUUCAUAUCCCCACCAAACAGGUAUAGUUUUCCUGGCUGAUUGGAGGGGAACAGACAAGUUUAUAUCAGAGGAGACAGCGCCUCAUUCUCCUAGUGCCGGUAAGAAGGCAGGGAAGCAGCUGGCACUUCUAAAUGUGCUCUGUGCACAGAAACGUUGUUUACCCCAGCCCAUUUUCAUAUGUCCCCCCAUCUUCAUUUCUGACAUUGUUGACUGCAACGCAUGACCUUUCUGUUAAGAAAGGAUUUUUAGUACAAUUUUACUUACAUUGUUUUAACAUUUUCAUUGUUUUGUUUUGACUACAAGUAGAUGCACAUUCUCAAGUCUCAGGCAGCUGUUAAGUAUUAGCACAAAAUAUUUGGAGACCAGCAUUUUGAGAGAAACAAAACAAAAUCACAAUUUUUAUGCUAUGUAAGGGCCAACCAUUUAUAAUGUGGCCAUUUCCUAAAAACUUUAAAAUGUGUACUUGUCACUGCAGAUGCAACAACUUUCAUGUGCGGUAUUUUUUUUUAUAACAUUUGUGGUUUCAUGGGUUUUUAUGAACUGUAUAAUUUGAAAUGCCGAACUCAUUUUUCUGCAACCAAUGGUCAACGAGAAUUUUGCAUGAAUAAAGUAUGCAGGAUACAAUCUUGUAAAACAGUAAUAAUGAGAUCAGAAAUUAUAUAUUAUUUUGCCGGAAGAUAUGGUAUUUUGCUUGUCCCGGAUUUUUCUUUUGACUAUUGACACAUCAUGCUCUCUUCUUCACAGCCGAAAUCAAUGUAGUAGGUAUGGAGUUCAGCUUACUAAACUUGAAUAUGGUGCAGGGAUGCUUUGCAGAGCACUAUGCUGACAGGAAAGGGUGGAAUUAGUGUGGCCAUUGAUAUUAAUAUGAUGAUACAGUAGUGGAUGUAUAUGUAUUUACUGUUCUCAGCAUUGCUCUCCUUCCUUCUCCUCAUACUUAGGUGUGUGCUGCACAUGGUCGCUCAGAAGUUGUUCAGCCUCCUUGAUUUAGGCCUCGCUGUCUUCUGAGGAGGCCCUGACCUAAGUUCCAUCUCCUGGAAGGACUAAGCUCUAGAAGGAGCAUGACAUUUACUGUGACAGUCUUGAUGCUCAGAAACUUUCUUCCAAGAGUGGGUCAUUCAGCCUUGGCCUUGCUUGCCAUGGGAAGGAAAAGAAUCCUUCUGCCCAAGCACCAGGCACCCAGCAAUUUUGGACAUGGCUGGAUAGGGGAGCUGUUGGCCAGUGGCUGGCAUCUCUUGACUGGAGCUAUGCACUAGUCUUCCUGAAGAGCAGGGACUUAUCAGGAUGUAUCCCUUGGCCUUUGAGAAGUUUGGGAAGGGUUGGCAUAGUGGUUGUUAGGUUCUGCUUUGCUGACUGAACCUUCACUAACCUCCUCAACGGCUCUAGAACAUAGCCUAGUGAACCUCCGAGGUCUUUAGCUCCACAGGGUAAAAAGAGAUCCUUUUCCUGUCAUUGGCUAUCUUCCCUCAUGGGCUCUCACUUUGGACAACCCAUACAAAAUGAAAACUAAAGAAGAUUGAUGCAUUUGGAUGUCUGAGGAUGUUGAAAAUUCUGUCUGUCUAAUCAAUUUUUAAAAAAAUUAAUAUUGACUGAAACUAAUUUUCAAUGUUAUCUAUGCUUUCCAGGUAAAGAAAUGGACAACAGUUGUUUGCUAUUCACUUUAACUCCUCAUUGACAUGUGAAGGACUUAUUUUUUAAUUACUUUUGGACUGAAAAUGUCUGCAGACAUAGAAAAAAGUAUAUUAUUCCAAAAUGCCUAUCAAGAAGUGGAACCACAAAUAGCUAAUCCUGAAGAAAUAUAAUAAAUCUUGGUUAUGGUGCAAUGCUGGAGUGGAGUUAAAGCUGUAGCACAUAGGUAGCCCACUUCUUCUAAAUUAUGGAAAUUUUGUGGAAGAUGUUGACCUGGAUUUUGUGCUUAAUUAUGGUUUUGUCAGAAUUUCACGGUGACAACAGGCUUUCGUAUAGUUCUCAAGGUAGGGUUCCAACUUUUUAAGCUACCGUCUUUUGUCACUUAUUUCAGUUAAUUAGUUUUCUUUAACAUUUAUAUUAAUAUUCAUUGUGAGAGACCACAAAGGAUUUAUGGUGUAAAAAUUUUAGUUAUUCUCUGUGGGAGUAAAAUUGGAGUAUACAUUUUUUAUUUUAUUAUUUAAGCAUUGUGUAUAGUUGUUAACACAUUAGACUCAAUUAGCAAAUUGAAAAGUCAGUAUUUUAAUGUAUUACUUCAUAAUAAAGAAAUUACCAAAUUAAAAUAUUGUUGAAGUACCUGAAGUAAAUUAUUUAGAACAAAAAAAUAAAUAAAUUGAAGUUCUUGCUUUUUGCCUGUUCAUUAAAAAUGUGAAAUCUACAUGCUGAAAUCUAUGGCCCUGUGUGCACUGCAAUAUAUAUCUUCAGUACCACUUUGUUCUCCCAUUAAUUAAAAUGGAAAUAGCAGCUGGUAUAGGCCUACUUCUUCAAUGCAAGUUAAAAUAGGAAUCCUUUCUGGCAGUGGGAGCUGUGCAUGGACUGAAGCUUGUGCAUCCUUAUCUGAUUGUUGAAUCAGGGCACUAACCCAGCUUGUGCUCUUUUAAAAUUAGUGGAGCUCACUGGUAUUGAACUGUACCCUUUGACAUUUACAACAUGAUUCUUUCCAUACUAAUCAUUUUUUCUCUUGCUAAUAGAUAGGUAGAUAUUUACUUAUAUUUUUCAAAUGGCACAUCAUGAAAUAGGCAAAUCAUGAAAUAGGCCAGACAUUUAGCUAACAUAAUAUGGAUGAGUGGAAUGUAUAUUUUAAGAACAGAUUAAUAUUUUUUUUCUGUUAGAAAGUGGGUAUUUUCUUUUGUAAAGUCAUUUUGUGUAUUAAUAUGUUCACAUGAACAUGAAUUUUGAUGGUGCUUGGAUAUAGCAAAAUGUGGAUAAUGUACUACUCCUUCUUGUGUCCUGUUAUAUUUUCUUCUCUUUUAUGGCCAUUUCUUGGACUGAUUUACCAUGCGGUUUCAAAGAGGAAUUCCUGUCUUACCUUGAACACUACCAACUAACAAUCCCAAUAAGGGUUGAUCAUAAUGGAGCCUUCCUCAGCUUUACUGUGAAAAAUACUAAGCCCUCCAGGAGAAAGAAGAGGAGUACUGAACAUUAUGACCAAGAACUGGCAGUAUCUAAAUUAUUUUUUAAACUUUCUGCCUAUGGCAAGCACUUUCAUUUAAACCUGACUCUCAACACAGAUUUGGUCUCCAAACACUUCACAGUAGAAUACUGGGGGAAAGACGGGCCUCAGUGGAAACAUGACUUUUUAGACAACUGUCAUUACACGGGAUAUUUACAUGGCCAGCAUGGUACAACUAAAGUAGCGUUAAGCAACUGCAACGGUCUGGUAAGUUCACGUUAUGUAUUCUAGCAUGUUGGUAUUCUUGAGUCUUUAAAUCUUUAAAUUUACAGCAUCUCCCCGUUCAUGCUAUAAUAUCUCUAUUAUUAUUAUUAUUAUUAUUAUUAUUAUUAUUAUUAUCAUCAUCAUUACUACUACUACUAUUAUUUGGAUUAUGGCCAUAUAAUGGGCAUAUGUUUGAACAGGGGGGCUUGAGGGCUGUCUAUAGGGAAGAGGCUCCUGAUGGAUGUUAGCUCUAACACAAAGGGUGAUCCCAUUAGGACAGGACUGGGUGCGUCAUUAAAUGACAAAGGACACAGGUAGUAGCUGUGAGCAGGCCUUCCAAUAUAUUCUUCUUGUUGCAUAGUUGCAAGACAGUCACAGAGAGUCAAUAGCUAAUCAGAACUCACACCAGAUGACUGAGGGGUUCACUGUGGUGAAAGCUGGAAACUUCUCCUAGGAAAUUUAAUCCAGUUCUGGAGGAAGAUGCUCGCUGAAGCAAGCCCUUUUGUUAAUUAAUGGCCAAAUGGAGGCUUAGAGAUAGGCUUGCAUUAGCUAUGGCAAUGGCUGUGGGAACUAAUUAGGCUUGCAGUUAUGUUGCAGAUAAUGCAAAGGUUCAGUAUCAUCCAUGACUGCUGCUAUGAAAGGAGGAUUGGCUUAAACCAGCCUUCCUCAACCUUGGCCCUCCAGAUGUUUUUGAGACUACAAUUCCCAUCAUCCCUGACCACUGGGCCUGCUAGCUAGGGAUCAUGGGAGUUGUAGGCCAAAAACAUCUGGAGGGCCAAGGUUGAGGAAGCCUGCUUUAAACCACCUCUGCUUCUUCUGAUUUAUGUGCAUUGGCAUUGCACUCAUUGCCCAGAGCAAAGCUGAAAUAGGCACAUCGUUUUGAGGCAUUUCAGGUAAACCACGCUUCUCAGUAACACCACUUCAUUGUUUGCUGGUGUCACAGGGAAUAGGCAAGCAGAGUGGUAUCCAACAUAGCUGUUUCGUUUGCACAAGGUCUUCCCCUUGCACAACAGAACUUCCCCUCUCUCCUCUCCCCAAGUGCUCCCCAUGCCCCCCCAUCUGCUCUGGAACAUUGGAGAAAACCCCAGAACAGAUGGCAAGGGAUUUUCUGGCAAUUCUGGGGGAAGAACAACAUGAUGGCUGCUGCUUCAAUACUCUGAAAAUGCAAUAAUCACACAAACUCCAGGGAAAGCCAUAUCUUAGUGGUAGAGUAUGUGUUUUGUAUACAGGAGGCCCCGGGUUCUAAACUCAGCAUCUCCUGGUAGAGACUCCUGUUUGUAAUCCUGGAAAGCUACUACCAAUCAGUGCAGAAAAUAGUGAACUAGAUGGACUGACUCAGUGUAUGGCAAGCAUCCUAUGUUCCUAUGAAAUGCCUGCAUUGCAUGAGCAAAAAGCAUACAAUGGUGCAAAUAAAACAAACAAAAACCUAUAGUUGAAAAUACCAUUCAAAAAAUAACUUCUAAUUAGUGGACAGGAAUUGUAAUCAGUUUUGGAAAUCUGCACUGACAUCUAAUUUAGACAACUGUCCAGUGCAGGUACUGUAGUGGCUUUUUGAUUAUGUCAUGAUUAUAAUGUGAAAUUAGUUUAACAGGAAUAAAAGUAUAUCUAUUAGUGGGUGGGAUAGUUUAAACUUCUCUUAAGAAAACACUAAGUACUUAAAAGUACAAUUUUCUGAUGUUAGCCCAUCUAAUUAGCCAGUUGGAGAAAAUCCUUUUGGUUGACAAAUGUGAAGAAUAUGGAGGAAGCAGAACUAUUGCAGUAUCAAUUGUGAUAAAUCAUAGCAAAAGGUGUACAGUCCAAGCCUACACAGUACUUUUGUAAGCUGUCCAGCUGUUGAUUGGAUUCUGGGUUGUUUUAGCAGUAAGUCUUAUAUGGAAAAAGACAUGUACAGUUGUACUAUAAUUCAAGCCUAAAAAUAACUGUGGAGUAGUCGGUUACAAAAUUAUGAAAGAGCACACCAUGUUUGGAAACAAACACACUAUUCACUACUGUAGUAAAUCUUAAAGUGUAGCAUCUAUGAUAUGUGGAGAUUGCUUCUCUAUUCUACAUAGAGACACCAGCCAUAACUGGGUAUCAGUUGCACUUAGGUGUCACAAGGUCUCAUUAACUUUCUAGAAAUAGGAUUAGUGAUUGGAAUUCCUCAAUGUUGGAAAUGGGCAUGUGUCUGUUGAAUUGGUUCUUGUUUGCCUGCAAGGUCAGUCAGCAGGGACACAGCUUUCUUUAGCUUUCUCUAUCACUACUCACAAGCAGGUAGUAACUCCUCACAACAGGAUUAACGGACUGUUAUUUACCGUCCUUACAGAACUAUGGAAAGACCAGGACCUGGAUAAUCUGUUAUAGUUAGGUUUGGAAGGGAAGAGGAGAAAGCAAAAAAAGUCUGAUCUUGUAAGCCCAAGUCUAAAGACUGCCAGUUCCAGAGAGCUCACACAUCAGGCAUAUACAGUGGACGCUUGGGUUGCGAACGUGAUCUGUGUGGGAUGCACGUCCGCAACCUGCAGUGUCGUGCCUGCGCAUGCGCAGGUUGUGAUUCGGGGCUUCUUCAAAUGUGCAGGUUGCGAUUUAGCACUUCUGUGCAUGCGCGACCGCUGAAACCUGGAAGUAACCCAUUCCGGUACUUCCGGGUUUCGGCAGUCUGCAACCCAAAAAAACGCAACCUGAAGUGUCUGUAACCCGAGGUAUGACUGUACUAGGCAAGUGAAAUGGUACACUGUUUCUUUUGAAGAACUGAGGGCCCAUCCAGACUUCUGCUUGUCCCACCACUUUCCCCCAGUACAUGAUCUUUACCACUGAAUUGGAGCCUAAUAAAUUAUUAUUAUUAAUAAAUAAUUAUUAUUCAGGAAGAGGGCCUUCUCGGUAGUGGCGCCUGCCCUGUGGAACUCCCUCCCAUCAGAUGUAAAGGAAAUAAACAACUAUCCAACUUUUAGAAGACACCUGAAGGCAGCCCUGUUUAGGGAAGUUUUUAAUGUUUGAAGUUUUAUUCUGUUUUUAAUGUUCUGUUGAAAGACUUCCAGAGUGGCUAGGUAAACCCAGCCAGAUGGGUAGGGUAGAAAUAAUAAAUUAUUAUUAUUAUUGGUGCUGGAGGAGCCAGCUCAGAAACUGACUUAAGCUGAGGUGACGCCCCAGAAAGAGGCUCUUUACUGACAGGAGGGACGAGCUCUGGUAGCAUCCCUUUAGGACAGUGGUGGCCAAACUUGGUCCUCCAGCUGUUUUGGGACUACAACUCCCAUCAUCACUGACCACUGGUCCUGUUAGCUAGGGAUUAUGGGAGUUGUAGUCCCAAAACAGCUGGAGGGCCGAGUUUGGCCACCACUGCUUUAGGAGGUGCCUGACUAGAGUUGUUCUAUGUCAUAGGGGCAGGGCACCUCCCUGAUAGCCUGCUUGAAGCUUCAGCUCCUUACUCUCUUGAUCACUGGUGUCAAGGAUGAAGAACAAUGGGCUUCCUCCCGGGGAGUACUAAAACAGGGCUGAGUAAAGCUUUCACAGUUCUUCCUACCUAUACAUCUUCAUUUUGGACCUUAGGCAUUUUUCUGUAACCAGUUAUCAUUUUAAAACAGUGCUACUGGUUACUCUUAGAUUCUCAUUCCUUUCAUUUAUUUUGGCUGAUUGUGAAUAUCCCGACUUUGGUUAUUAAUAUUGUCAUGUCUCUGAGGUACGAGAGAUGAAUUAAAACAAUUGUUUUGUAAAACUGGUACAGUGAGAUGCUGAAAUUUAUACAUUACUUCAGAUUUCGUUUUGUUCCUAGCCACAGACAGUCCUGGUGUGCUUGAUUUCAGCGGUUAAUACUGUGAGAUUGAGUAUAACUGGCCUCUGUCUCACUAGUGUGUGUCCUGUGCAUGCAUGAAAAAAGGGAGCAAGUGGCUAGAAAAACAAAAAAACAAAUAGUACAUUUUUAUCCAUUAGCAUCCCAAGGGGAAAGUAUUCUCACACAAUCAUUUGUCACCCAAAGCUAUCGCAGGGGCUAAGUAAAAUCGCCACUUCUGAAGACCAGAAGCAUUCAGCUUGAGGUAGAUCUUCCUGAACUGGGGUACAUGGGCUCUCUCUGCAUCCUUUUUGUUAAAAAACAAAUGAACUACCAUAUAUAUCUCUAGUUAUAUAUAUAUCUAUAAACAAACUCUACAUAAUGUAAAUACAUGAGAGCUGCCUUUGAGGCAAUAACUGCCAGUCCUUCAUACUUCAUAUAGUAUAGUAUACUGUGGGUGCUUCAGGCAGGUGGGGGGAUGGGCGAGAAUUUUAAACCUGCUAACUGUCAUAUUGUGAGGAUAAUAUUAAUCCUUGGAAUUCAUUUACUGAAUUUCCCACCACUGCUACUAAAAUUACUUUUAGCACUUGAAAAGCUGGGGUGGGGAACUUAAAACAUUGAGAGGCUAUUUUACUUUUCAAAGGGGAAAGGGUAUAAAGGAGAAAAUCUAUAAUGGCUCUUAACAAAUGAGACAAGUACAAUGUUUCACCAAAAGAAGACUAAGCUAAUGUCAUUUUGCCCCUCACCCACCCCCAUCCUCCAACACGUGGAAGCAGGUUUAUGCUGUGGAAACUAGAAUUUACAGAUUGACCAACUUUAGAAUUUUUUUAUUUUAUUGGUAGGCUGUUCUAGAAUGUAUUAACUACACAUAAUGGAGGCUUCAAGAAGCUGUCAGAGAAUUGUCUGGAAAGAGAAUGUGGAGGCCAUUGAUUGGUACAUAUAUGUAACAGAUGAAGUCAUCUUUAAAAGUCAGUAGUUAGCAAAUAAUAGUACCUUCUCAUGACAUGAAGUGCAUAGGAAAAAGGGAGUUGUCGUUCCAGAUGCCUAUUAAAAAUGGUACAAGUUUUUGUUUUUGUUUUAGGCUAGGCCUAUGUCUAGCAUAAGGGUGAGAUGAAUAACAGUAAAAUCCUAUAUAUGUUUCCACAGAACUAACUCCUAUGUAGAUGUGCAUGGGAUUGUAAACCUAAACCUUAUUUUUUCACUCUGUGAACCGAAACCUGUAUUUGUAUUAAAUAACAUCUCACCAUAGUGAGAGAACAGUUGGAAUGUGAGAGGAAUUGUAUAUUCUCCACUCAUAAGGUGGCAUAGGCAAAUAGUGUGGUUUUUUUAAAAAAAAAAUUCAUGGCAGUGCUGAUAAAGUUAUAAAGAAUACAAGUAGGACAUGGAAAAUGUCAUUUUAUUUAUUACUGAAGAUAUUUUAGGUAAUAGCAGUGUAGAGCUGGGUGUCUCUCAUGAGUUUGUCCUCAUUCACUUAUUAAGGUGUUUGUUUAAGGUAUUUGUAUACUGCUUAUCAAAUAGACUUCCCAAAAUAGUUUACGUAAGAUGGUUACAAAAAUAAGCACUGAUUUUUAAAAAAAAGUUACAAUAAAAUGUUUGGGCAUUUCUUGACUUUUAAUAUCAACAUUGCACUGCUCAGUGUUUUUCUAGUAUUUGGAUUCUGGAUUUUUAUUGACAUUUCUACAUUUUAGCUUUGUUAUUUUAUGGUUUUUUUUACUUUGUAAAACUUUUUAUAUUAAGCAGUUGAUAGAUUGAUUAAAUCAAUAAGGAAUAAUUGAUUAAAUCUAUAAGGAAUAAAGAUAACUGUUUGUUAGAAGAAGCUGUAAUUGCUUCUUCUCCACUCCUCUGAAGGGCAAAAUAGUUCUGCAGAUACCCAUCCCUGUGGUGACAGUGGGAGGAGAGGUGCCACCACUGGGAGCAGGAUGGUGGGAACUCGCCAGUUCAUUUCUUCUCCAUUCCCCUUUGCAAUAGUAGUACAGUCAUACCUCGGGAUAAAUAUGCUCAGGUUGAGCGCUUUCAGGUUGCACUCCGUGGCAAUACGGAGCGCGUUACUUCCGGGUUUCGCUGCUCACGCAUUCGCAGACAGUCAAAAUGACGUCAUGCGCAGACGCGCUGUCACGUCGUGUUCUGUUCGGGAUGCGAACGGGGCUCUGGAACAGAUCCCGUUCGCAUCCUGAGGUAGUAGUAGUAGUAAUAAUAAUAAUAGUAGUAGUAGUAGUAGUAAUAGUAAUGAUGAUGAUACCACAACUGCAUUUAGAGGCAUGGAAGACAAUUUUAAAAGUUUGUAGCAUUCAAACAUAUGAAAAAGGUGAACUUUCAAAGCUGUCGUCCUUUGAAGUAGGUUCUAUUGAAAUACUGUAUUGGCCCGAAUAUAAGCCACGCUUUCCCCUCAAAUUCCAACUGGAAAGUAAAAGUGCGGCUUAUAUUCGGAACCGAGCGCUGGACACCCGCCUCCUGACACUACUGCCCUGAAUGGUAGUGUCCCCAAGCUGGUGCUCGGUUUCAAGCAUGCUGUGCGCCUGCCUCCCAGCACUACUGCCCCCGUGCCCCCUGUUCAGGGCGGUAGUGCCGGGAGGCGGGCCGCACCCGCAAAUAAGCCUUGAAUUUUAAAGGUAUGGCUUAUUUGCGGGUGCAUCUUAUAUUUGGGCCAAUACGGUAAAUGAAAUUUUACAUUGUAGUAAAUUAUUUGACAAUUGCAGUUAAUUUUUAAAAUGCUUGAAAAAUUUGAUGACUAUGCUUGUUGCCACUUUUGAUCUCAAAAGAAGAAAAGUAUUUGGAAAACCAGAAUCAAAUAAUAUUAUGUUCUGAUUCCUGUAGACUACUACGCUAGCAAAUGAAUGUAGGAUCAAGCAAAUGAUCCAUUCAGAAUUUUAUACUUGUUUGCUAGAAGCAAAAUUAGAUAUUAUAAUUUUUUUCCCUACUAAUAGUGUUGAUUUUAAUGGUCAGUGUAUAGACAGGAAGUAUUAGAUUAAGCAGGGAGGCUAGACACAACCUGAGAUAUUUUAAUAAGUCGGGGGUGGAAAGACCUUUAAGCUCUGGACUUCAUUUUACCUUCCACCACAAGCUAGGAUACGGUAAUCAGCAUUCUCAGAGGUUUAGUUAACAUAGUCCCUCAUUCACAGAUGAGGGUUGUUUAUUGGAGCCCAACUCUUUUACUUCCUUGAUGGGAAAUCCUUUUGAACUUCUGGCCAUCUGCCACCUUCAAUAGUUUUAAUACAGUGUUGUUAUCCCUUACUUUAGCUCAGGGGUUCCCAGACUGGUAUGUGAGCUUUAUUCAGGUGGCCCAUGGCGUGUCUGUAAAAAUAAGAUUAAAAAAUCAUACAGCCUGUAGCACAGCACAUUACAAUUUCUACAACAAGCAGAAAAAUCAUUAACUGGUCCACCAAAAGCCUCGGCUAUUUUCAAGUGUUCCAUGGGAGGGUGAGGAGUUUGGGAACUAUUGCUUUAGCUAAAGAAGUUUCAUUGCACCAGACUGACCUUCCAGUUACCUGCAAUUUUUCCUGGUAGGCAGUUACACAAAGUAUUAUCUGCAGUCGCACACAUUUCUACAGUAGCUGCAGAAGUAAUGAACCUAUCAUGGGACUUUUCUGUUAUUUAUGCCAUCUGCAACUGUCUGUGAAUAGAACAUAGUGGGGUGGCACUGGUUCUACUUCUUUACCACAUAUAUGGGAAUCUACUGUUCAUGUGCAAGUCAGAAACACUGAUGUUGUAGACUUUUCCAGAAGAUCAUGACUGUGAUAGACUGUGAUAGUACAUUCCCAUAUGUCUGAUUGCGUUGAAAAUCCACUCAAAGAACCACAGCUUACAGGUAAACAGCUUUGUUUACUGCAAAAUAGCAAGUCUCUCUUGGUAUUAUUGCAAGUUUAGAUUAAUUAUGAGUUUACGGUGGAAACUGUGUGGGAGUUCUUCCUGCAUUUUGAUGAUCUGUUAAUCUGCUCAGAGUUGGUGGCUCGUAUUUAAAAUGUUUUUAUGAGCAAUAUAAAUAGCAUGAAUACAUUUUAUUGGUCUUUGCUUACAUGAAGGUCGUGUGUAGUGUUAGGUUUCAGCAUCUGGAUAAAAACAGAAGCUUUCAAUAAUAAUUGGUUUGACUCAAUCUUGCAAUUUAAAAUGUAUUUUUUAGUGCAUAAUGUGAUAUUAACCAUUUGUAUUACAAUAUGUGGCACUACAACAUCUGUGUGUCAUUGGUUGAAGUUUUGCUCCGAAUGGUUUGACUGGAACAAUUUUGUUUGGGUGUAAUUGCUAUGAGCAUAACUAUAUUCAAGCAUGAUUUUUUGUUUUUAUAAUUUUACAUAAUUUGCACUGAGACUUCUUGCUUUGUCACCACACCUAUAUAAAUCUAGAUGAAUAUAUUUAUUGAGAGCAGCUUUAAAUGUUAAUUACAUACGUGAGAACAGCAAUGUUAUUAUUUCCUGCAUGUUUUCCCAAGGAGGUGUGCACAACAUGUCUCCACGUAAGGAUAUUAUUUAGAGAAAUAUGUGAGGGUUUACUCUUAAUCUUAAUUGUAUACACAUAGGGUUAGAUCCAAACAUAGACAUGCUUAGACUAGAUCCCCUGAAAUCAAUUAGGACUAAGUACCACCAAUUUUGGGACACGGGUUGCGCUGUGGGUUAAACCACAGAGCCUAGGACUUGCCGAUCAAAAGGUUGGCGGUUCGAAUCCCUGCGACGGGGUGAGCUCCCGUUGCUUGGACCCUGCUCCUGCCAACCUAGCAGUUCAAAAGCACGUCAAAGUGCAAAUAGAUAAAUAGGUACCGCUCCAGCGGGAAGGUAAAUGGUGUUUCCGUGCGCUGCUCUGGUUUGCCAGAAGCGGCUUAGUCAUGCUGGCCACAUGACCCGGAAGCUGUACCCUGGCUCCCUCGGCCAAUAAAGCGAGAUGAGCGCCGCAACCCCAGAGUUGGCCACGACUGGACCUAACGGUCAGGGGUCCCUUUACCUUUACCAUCCAUUUCAGAGGAUCUGUGCUAAGCAUGACUAAGUCUGCGCCUACUCACAAAUCCAGGAAACACAGCAUGCAGAAAAAACUUAACACAUGGCUGAGAGCAAUAAGGCAAACCAUUGCAUCUGAAAUUCUCCUGGCUUGUGCUGGCAGGAGCAGAGGUUGGGAGCCAUUCUUUUUUCUUCUGUUCUGCCAGCACCAGACUAGUACAGCUGUGAAGACCACACUACUCUCAAGACAACUCGGUGCAUCCAUAGUGCAUCCACCCUGUAAUGUGUCAUUUUGGGACGCUGUGCUGGCUAUCAUUGGUAGGAUAACUACUGGUGGUAGUGUUCCAACUGCUGCACUUUCCAACGCUGCAGUAGGAGCCUCCUGUAAAUGGAGGCCAGCACACAGGCAUGUCCACUUUAUCCUAACUUCAUCACUAACAGUUGAGGUAGAAUUGCACUCUUUCUUAUUUGUGCAUAUUAUUAACACCUGUAGCUUCAGUAUUAUAUGAAUGAUAGCCAGCUAAACUAAUCAUACAGUACAUCCACUGAAAUAAAUGGAGUUAAUUAGCUGAAGUUCACUGAUUUCAGUGGUCUAUUCUGGGUACAAAUUAGUUGGAUAUCGUGUUUUUUUUAUACUGUGUUUUGGAAAGAGACUGAAAUUAGUAGAAUCAAAUUCAUUGAGAGAUAGACUGAAGUGUACAUUGUGCAAGCUAUAAUUGAAUUCCUGCAUAGGAAUAGGACUUGUUAAUCCUUAAAAGGUAAAGGACCCAUGACAGUUAAGUCCAGUCACGAACUGCAAAUUAAAUAUUUUCUACAGAAAUGGCUUUGGCCUUGUAUUUUUUGAUGCCAGAUAACUUAUAUGCAUUAUUUUUUCUUCCUUCUAUUAAGCACGGUGUUAUUGCUACAGAAGAUGAAGAGUAUUUUAUUGAGCCUCUAAGAAAUGUAUCCGAAAAUGCCAAUCAUUUUAGUUACGAAAGUGGUCAUCCUCAUGUUAUUUACAAAAAGUCUGCAAUGUACCAUCGACUCUUCUAUGAUUAUACUCAUUGUGGUCUCUCAGGUAAAUAAGUUACAAUGACAGUAAUGGGUUCAUUCCCUUUCUUUGAUAAAAUAUCAAGAUAAUUUUUGUUUUCUUUCAAAGGAACCAUCUAUCUUUGGCAUUUAUGAUUUUAUAUUAUUUUUCCAGGCUAAGAUCUGGAACAUAAUGGGUUUUAUGAAAUGCUGCACCUGUGGGCUCCUGCCAGUGCAAUGGCAUUUUGUUUCCUCUCCCAACCCGAACCCCCCGAGCUGAUUUUGAGGGUGCAGGGUAGGGGCUGGAGGGGACAGGGUAGGAAGAGGAAGUUCCUUGGGGCACCCUGAAGUGCCUUGCAUCAGUGGAGCUGCAGUGUUGGAUGAGACCCAGUGUCUUUGAGGCAAAGACUGAGAAUAAUCCCUUGUGUUAUGGCUAUUCUGUAAGUCUCGCCAACACUUUUGGGUUCACAGGCACAUUUUCAAACGGAAGAUAUUGUUCUGGGCACUACACAUACCCUACAACCAAGCACACAUUGCAACCUGGCCAAUUAGCUACUACAGAAUGCUUCUUUCAAGCUUAAUUGUAGUGGGGGAGGGGACCCUGCAAAUGCUGUGGAAGGGCUCAUUGGGGACAUGUAUGCCUGUGAGCACCAUGUUGGUGAUCCCUGCUGUACUGCAUGUGCCACUGCUACCAAUUUGGCAUCUUACGGAGAUGCCCAGCCUUCUUCUGCCCCUUAAUAUUCCUAGAGCAUUUCUUCCUACAAUUUGCUUCUUGUGUAAUGUUGGCUAAUGCUUAGAGAUAUGGCUGCCUCUCUUGGACUUUUUUCUUAAUUCUGCUGCAAUAAUGCCACUGAUUGCUGCUGCCGUGGUAUGGGGGAUGAAACUGGCUCCAAGCAACAGAGUAAAUGGAAGAUGUGACCCAUUGUGCUGUCCAUGAAAACCAUGUGCCUUACCUGAAUGCUACACUGCCUUUACACCAUAGAAUAUAGUUCUUAAAAUAACACUUCCUGAUGCCUUUACUGAUAGUGUAAUUGUUUCCAAAUAUUUUUCAUCUAAUCAUAAGAACUUAAAAUAUAUCAAAAUGUAUAGGAAAUUCCUCAAUAGUAUAGUAUUUGUCACAACAAGAUUCAAUGUAUUCCUAUUUCACUGUAAAUAAUAGUCAAACAAUUUAAUAAACAAUAAAUGCUGGAGACAUUUUGUAACUGGUGUAAAAACAGUUGGUCGUUUCAGUGUGUUGGAUCCAGAGAAACACAAGUAGAAAGGGGAACAGUCACAAAUCUGGUUCUGCCAGAUUUUGGGCAUUCCCCAAUCAAGAGAUAUUUUUCAGGGAGAUUGGGAGGGGCAAGGAGUCACCCCGCCCCAACUUUUACUUGUGUUUCUCCAGAUACAGCACAAUAAAAGUUGUUUCACUACUGAUGCUCUCACAAAAUAAUCAGGGUGCAGUGGGGAUAAGGUCCUAUUAUAAGUAAAUUAGAAAUAAGUUAAUAUUAUAAAUGCACUAUUUUAUAUAUACUAAUUUUUGCAUUCACGUUUGUGUUUUCUUUCUGGUUCAAAUUUGAGGAGGCAUGAAAUAAUAAACUUAUGGUUUAGCUGAAGUAUAAAACUUAUUCAUAGCAGAACAUUUGAGCCCAUAUGAAACUUUGGGCAUACUUAUAUGAUCAAAUUAGAUUUUUCUCCUUCUUUUCUUCUACUAUGGCUCUACUUUUUAUUCACCUUGAAGCAAGAACCUAUUUGUAUCCUGCUUUGUGAUUGGUUAGAAAUAUAUUCAAAAUUUCAGUCAAUCUCAUAUUCUGGUCUGCAAAAUUUGGACUUCCAUACUGAUUGCUCAGACUGUGAACACAUGUUUAACCAUGUGUAAGUCCUGCAAUUCAUUGUGGACAUCUAUCACAUUGGUGAGUGAUAAAUAAAUUUGUAUGUUCAUGCAAUCUUCCUCGCUUUUAGUAGAAGCGAUAUGUGACAAUGUAAAAGAGAAUAUCCGAAAAGGCUUAGUGCAAAUACAGCUUUUAAUAUUGAAGCAGGCUGUCUGAUAUCUUCUAAGGAAAAAUUAAGAUGUAUAAUGUUUAUUAAAAGAUAGUGCUCACAACAAAAACUCUUCAAGAAUUUUGAAGAGACUAUAAAUAUAAAGCAGAUGUACAUGAAGAUGUUAAUAUAGCAAUCCACUUGAUGUCACUAAUUGUUUUGAUUCCUAGAAGACCUCACAGGAAGCAGUAAACCUUGGUGGUUGAACAAUACCCUUGCUUUUCCAACUUUACUUCCAAUUAAUCACACAUUAAGUAGUCACCAUCGACUGAAGAGAUCAAUAAGCACUGAACGUUUUGUGGAGACGUUGGUAGUAGCAGACAAAAUGAUGGUGGGAUACCAUGGUCGCAAAGAUAUUGAACAUUACAUUUUGAGUGUCAUGAAUAUUGUAAGUUUGAUCCCUCUACAUGUUGAUACAACUCAUUUUAAUAUUGAGGGCAUUGUUGAUGUUAAUUUCAAACCUAAGAAUGUGUUUGUACCAGCUGUGUUUUCCAAGUUAAUGAUUGGGAAGUGUACUGCUCACUUCUCUUGCAAUGCUUCUAGUAAGGUGUUGAGUGACAUUGCAUUAGGAACCGUGUCCCCAACAAGCUUUUUCUUAGAAAUGGCUCAUACAGGUGCUUGCUAUCAAGUAAAUUCACUUGCAAGCUAGCAAGUUCAAGUGGUAAAAUGCAAGCUGCUUCUGCUUCCAUGUUUCACUCGGGGUAGGCGGUGGGAACUAAUGCUUUUCCUUUGUUGGAGCUAGGGUAGCUCAAAAUAGGGUAUUGGCGCGCUGUGCAGAAGUUGAGGAGGAGGCUGAGUAUUCAGGUGCACAAUAUAAGGAACAUUUGAAGCAAUGCUCAUAUUCCUAAUUCCACGUGUAUCUGAUUUGGGUGAAAUGGUAUGGGGGGGGCAGGGAGUCUAUGUAGUUAGAUGCCAGCAUAACUUUUACAGUUCUUCUGUGUGUGCCACAGAAGCUGCAGUGUGGGUAAUAAGAUUCUGCUGUUAGUUUUAAGAUAGGGCUUUUGUACUACAAUUUUUCAGUCAUAUAAAAACUAGUUUCCAGCAUUCUAUCAUAUUUUAAUCCAGUCAUGUUCUCACUGAGCUGAUAAACCUGUGGACUGUACUACUUCAGCUUAUUGUUUACUCAUAGGACUGAAUGUACUUCCACAUACAUAAAAAAUACAGCAAAUAGAAUACUAGCAUGUCAAUGAGAAGAACCCAGGGUCAGAGUCUAAGGAAUGGCUUGGGGCAAGGAGCAGGUUAGGUUUCCACAUCAACAGUGUUCACAAGUGUAUUCCUUUACAAAUUCUCCUCUAGAAGUGAAUAGUUGCCUUAAUUCUUAUUAGGAAAAGUAAUUAAUUGCACUUGGAAACAGAAGAAUGCAAUAUAUUGACCCUUGUGAGCCCAUAUACUAUUAUAAUAACAGGCAUUUGGCUAGCAUUGACUUAACAAAUUCGCAGAACAUUUUUACUGGGUAUGGAAUUGGGCUUGCUACAGGAAUGGUUAUGAUGUGGGUGGGUAGUAGUGAAUAAGAGUUGGAAAAAUUCUCCAUACCCUUCUCUCUUGCUUUUCAGACUUGAUGUCACUUAGGUAGUACUGUUAAUAAUCUGCACUGGUUAAUAAUAAACAUUUGUAGAUUUUUUUUGUCUGACUUUAUGUCUUUUCUUAUUUUCUGGAGGUCAGGUUGCCAAACUUUACCGUGAUUCCAGCCUAGGAAACGUUGUGAAUAUUAUUGUGACUCGUUUAAUUGUUCUUACAGAAGAUCAGGUAAGAAAGAGUUGUGAUAUAAAUAUCAGUCCCCUAAAAUAUAAAUCACACAAUCAAAGUAUAAUAAUAUUAUGUACCUAAUAACUGUUUAGAAAAACAGUGUUCGAUAAUCAAACCUCAUCUGCAAACAUUUUAUGAUCUUAAAAUUAGAAAUUAAAUGGUAUUAAUUUGCAAUGUUUUUCAAGAUUUUUACUUUUAUUUAAUGAAAAUGUGUGACAUACAUGGGAUAUUUGGAUGCUAGAAAGUUGUCACAGCUUGUUUUUUUGUUUUUGUAUUUUGAAAGUGUAAGGGCUGCCUUCAAUAUUUAAAUAAAUUUUCACACAUGAAACUAAUCUGUCUGUGGGGAAAAGGUAACAUUUGAAACUAAUCUGUAAUCUUACUUUUAACAAAACGAUUAUUGAAGUUUAAAUUAAAUCUAUGAGAUCUAUAUGCACAAAAUAAUUUGUAGGCCAGAUUUAACACAGAUGAAAAUUGGCAAGAAGAAAUUAUUCCUAGAAAUCACUGCUUCUAAUUAUAGAUCAGAUUUAGACUUCAGAAGUCUUAACCACUGACCCUAGUAAUUUGUUUGGAACAUUUCUGGUAUGCAUGUUGUAUUGCAGCCAAACUUGGAGAUAAAUCACCAUGCAGACAAGUCCCUUGAUAGCUUCUGUAAGUGGCAGAAAUCCAUUCUCUCUCACCAAAGUGAUGGAAACACCAUUCCAGAAAAUGGAAUUGCCCACCAUGAUAAUGCGGUCCUUAUUACUAGGUAUGGUUUGUUGAAAUUAUCUCAUUUUUUCUCUUUUCUGUUUCUCAUUUGUUUGUUUUCACACGAAGAAACUAGAGUUGAAUUUGUAGUAAUGAUGUGCAGGAUAAAAAAUAUUGCUUGUGUUUCAUAUUGCAAUAAAACACUUAGUAGUUCAAACUACUAUUUUCCAUUCAAAAGUGGAAAAUGACUAUUCAAAACUUACAUGAAAUUAAUGUAUGUGACUGUCUGUGGGAUGAAUCCAGACUUUGCCUCCCAGGAACGGAAAGUUUUAUUUUGUCCAUGAAAGGUUUUUGAUUCAAUAGAGGGAUUCCAUGACUGAUUUCUCCCCCUACUGCAGGCCACUUCUGCUCGCUGAAAAUGUGCUCCAAAAGGCAGGGGGUAGGCAUCUGGAACAGUUGGGGAAGUGGCACUGGGGUCAUCAUGAAGAAGGUGAAAUCAGCAAAAGGCAUCUCCCCACCCCCUUUCUACCAGUGGAAGCAUCUCCUGAGUAGAACCCUGCUCAGGAGAUGGUCCCACUGGCAGUAUCAAAGACAGGAUCCAACAUUAUAUGUUUAGCACUUUUAGAAUUGACCAAACCAACUUUCAAAUAAAGGAUUUCAAAAUAAGGUAGAAAAGCCUGUAGAAAGUAGAAAUACUACUUGCCAUACUAUUAUUGUCCUUAAAGUUUAAGACCCCAAUAUUAUGGAAGAUACUCAAUUGACAGAGAUUAGUGAUGUUUCAUUUAUAGUUUUUGAAUAACAUUUGGAGCCCCUUUCUUUAUGGGGGGCAAAGGUUCCAAUUCUGGUCAAGGUCAUAAUAAAGUGCACAUUUUCUUUUGUGUUUUGCCACAACCCCUGGAUUGGUGCAGGAACAGGCUAUAGAACCUGUAGAAGCAUUGAUUAUGUUCCUUCACAUAAACCAACAGUACGGUAUUUCACUUAUCUGUGUGACCGAAGGCUGCAAUUACUUGCAUGCUUACCUAGGGAAACAUCCCGUUGAAUUCAGUGAGACUUCCUUUUGAAUAACAAAUGCACAGAGAUAAUUUAACAUGGGUGGUAUCUGACUAAGUAAUGUUCAAGAGUGGACCCACUGACAUCGGUGGACUUAAGUUAGUCACAAGUAACUUUAUUGCUUUCAGUGGUUCUGUUGGUAUGCUUUAGUCAGAUACCACGCAUAUGUUUAUCCAUGAAGUGGACUUAUUAGUGAUGUACACAAUGAAAGGUUCCUGCUGUUUGUAUACUUUGUGACAUUCUAAAAAAUUGAAAUGAAGUAAUUUCAUUAGGUUUUUUUUUAAGAUAAUUUUCUGUUUGUUGUUCAUCCAAACUAGUGCCAUAAUGCCCUGUCCUUUCCUGAUAACUACUAAUUUCUGAAUUACAAAAGAAGACUGGCUUAAUGCACAGUUUUUGUUUUACUUUUUAGAAUGUUAAUAUUCUUUUGUUGAACCUAAUUUGUUGUUUGGAAAUUAUAUUCUGGCCUGUAUUUGGUGUUAAGGGUAAGAAAUGGAAAUGCUAUACAGAAAUCCAUCUGUCAUGUAUGAUUUAGUUGAGAUAUUUGCACUGCAGGCAGUUGGACUCGAUGACCUCUGGGGUCUCUUCCAACUCUACAAUUCUAUGAUUCUAUGAUAAGUAACUCCUAUUUAGUUUAGUGGAACUUCCUGAUAAGUGCAUGUAUGAUUGCAGUCUCAGUAGGCUUUAAAAAGUGCUAGAAAUAGAUCUGUGCAUGUAAUGACAGGUGGAAGUGAUAACUGGGAGGUGGGGAAGCUGACAGUAAGGAAGAGAUCAGGGUAGUGUAAAGUGAUAUAUACUGGAACAAAAACAUAAACAAAUCCCAACUUAAUAAUAAUAAUAUUUUUUUUAUUUAUACCCCACCCUCCCUAGCUCAGGGCAGCCAACACCAGUAAAAUUACAAUAAAAACAUAAUUGGGGGGGGGUAACCAAUUUAAAAUACAGUUUAAAAUGCAAUUUAAAAUGCACCCUCAUUUUAAAAGUAGCCCAUAGAUCAAAACUGUAAGGGGAGGGAAAAACAUAAGGGUCAGACUGAAUCUAAGCCAAAGGCCAGGUGGAACAGCUCUGUCUUGCAGGCCCUGUGGAAAGAUGUCAAGUUCCGCAGGGCCCUAGUCUCUUGUGACAGAGCGUUCCACCAAGUCGGGGCCAGUACUGAAAAGGCCCUGGCCCUAGUUGAGACCAAUCGAACCACCUUGCGACUUGGGACGUCCAAAAUGUUGUCAUUUGUGGACCUUAAGGUCCUCCAUGGGGCAUACCAGGAGAGGCAGUCCCGUAGGUAUGUGGGUCCUAGGCAGCAUAGGGCUUUAAAGGUCAAAACCAACACCUUAAACCUGACUCUGUACUCCACCGGGAGCCAGUGCAGUUCACAUGUAUAAUGAAGUAUCUGAACACAAGAGAUAGUAAGACCAUGGGGAGGGGAUUAGCACAAUUUAGUCAUCAACUCAAUGUGCAGCAGAGAUUAUUAUGAGAGGGACUGAAAAUGAAGCAGCCACUAUAGUGAAUUGAUAGAAGUCUAUAGUGUGGCUGCAUUUGGAAUACAGUGGUACCUCGGGUUAAGUACUUAAUUCAUUCCGGAGGUCUGUUCUUAACCUGAAGCACCACUUUAGCUAAUGGGGCCUCCUGCUGCCGCCUCGCUGCCGGAGCACGAUUUCUGUUCUCAUCCUGAAGCAAAGUUCUUAACCCGAGGUACUAUUUCUGGGUUAGCGGAGUCUUUAACCUGAAGCAUAUGUAACCCGAGGUACCACUCUACUCUGUGUGGUGCUAGUCACCUCAUCUUAAAAAGGAUAUUGCAGAUACAGAAAAUUGCAUCUUCAUAUAAUGCAUAAUUAUAGAAUUUGCUGUCACAAGAUUUGGUGAUGGCCUGUAAGCCUUAAAAGGGAUUAGAUAAAUUCAUGGUGAGCAGGUGCAUCAGUAUCUGUUAGCUAUGAUUGCUAAAUAGUUCUGGGUCCAGAGGCCUCAUGGCACAAUGGUGUGCUUUUGUGUUUAAUGAUGCAGGUGAAUGUUUGCAUUCAUGCUCUCUCUGGUGCUUCCUCGAGAGUCUAGCUAACUAUUGCUGGAAAUAGGGUGGAUCAUAUGGACCUUUGGUGUGAGCCAGCAGAGUUCCCCUUAUAUUCCUUUUCCCUUCCCCCAUUAUAUUUAUAUCUCACCCUUUCACCAAGGAACUCAGUUGCAUAAAUGAGAGAGAGUGAUCUUGUUAUCACAACUGUUAGAUUGGGUUGAGGAAGAAUGAUUUACCUAGAUAUCUUGGUGACUUUUAUAGCCAAGCAGGAAUUCAAACUCAGGUCUUCCUGUGUGCUCUGGUUAUGUGUUUGUUAAGAAUUCUUACAGAAAUAAAUGCAUUUUAUUGGGGACAGAUGACUGGAUGGAAUUGUAAUUCCUGGUGAUGGGCAAGACCAUUUCAGCUUGAUUUGAAACAGGGUCACUACUUACAAGCAUCACUAGUUAACACAGAAUCUUGUGGGAAGAAAACAUUUUGCCUCCUCAGAAGCCAAAAAGGUUAAGAAAAUAGAUGCUGGGGAAGACAAAAGCAAAUGCAUUAAAUGUUGUUGCAUAAACUAUAGCAAACUAUAGUUCACACAAGCUCAGGGAUUUCACAGUAUAGUAUAGGGAUCAAAAACAUUUUUCAGUCAGCAGCUACCAUAGGAGUUACCAUGGAUUGGGUUUAAGCCAAAAAUGGACAGGGCCACCACUUUCCCUCUAAUACACCCUACUUUGUUUCCUACCUUCCCGCCCAGUGAGCUGCUGAAAAAGAAAUAGAUCACUCUUACCAGAUGACUUCCCCUCACCAUUCAGUCGUUCCUCAUCCUUGCUAGAGGUCUGAACUGAUUGCUUGCCAGGGGGCUUUUUCUUCCCUCCUUCCAUUGUUGCAUCUUGUAAUAGACCUUUUAGGGAAAUCAUAUUUCUUUCAUAAUAUAUUUUAAUAUUCCAGUAGCUCAGUGGUAGAGCAUCCGCUCUGCAUACAGAAGGCCGCAGGUUCAAUCCCUGGCAUCUCCGGGUGGGGCUGGGAGUGUCCUCUCUCUGAAACCCUGGAGAGCUGCUGCCUGUCACUAUAGACAGUACUGGGAUAGAUGGACCAGCUAGAUUGACUCGGUAUAAGACAACUUUCUUUGUUCCUAGAUAAAUUGGUAUUCUAAAUUUGGCUUUUACAAACUUUGACAAUAUUACUAACUGUUCCUUAACUUGCAAUAUUCACUGAUUGUUGUAUUUGUCGAUAAAGAGUGGAAAAGAUAGUGAUAUUUGUUUAUAGCUAAUGUUAACUGUCCUUAAGCAUGUGCACUGUCAUCUUAACAGUGGCAUGGAGUGUUUCCUAUUAGACUGAAAUGCCAACUACCACCACUUGCCAAUUUUGAAAUAUCUUCCCUGGCUACCAGUUCAUUCCCAAGCCGCUUUAAGAUGCCAAUUUGUUUGUUUUAGUUUUAAGCCCUAUACAGGUUUGGACUUACGUACCAUAAGGAUUUCCUUCUCACCGAUCAACCUGCUUGGUUGUUAAGAUCUGCUGACACCCUUCUCUAGGUGUCCUUACAAUCAGAAAUUAAGUGAGUGACAAUCAGGGAAAGAGUAUUUUCUAAGUUUUUGUAGCAUCCCAGCUAUGGGAUGCCGCCCAAGGAUUAUACAUUGCUAUCCUUGAUAAGCUUUUGUUUUCUCAGGCAAUAUGUAUCUCAGGUGAUAUUUAUAUCUUAUUAAAUGAUUUUUAGUUUUUUGUGAGUAUUCUGCUCUGCUUCACAAAGAAUGACAAAAUCAAUUAACACUGAAUAUUAUUGUUGGUUGUUGGUAUCCAUCAACAUGGCAUCCAUGAGACAAUGGAGUAGUGUAUCUUUUGGGGGUGAAGUCAGACUGCUGGAAGGGUACAGCAUCUGCUGGGCUAUGGAGACCGAUCCAGGAGAGAGAUAUUUUGUUGCAGCUGGGGCAGAUGUAAGCAGUUGGUUGUGCAGCUGCUCCUGCACUAUGGCAUUUCUUCUCUCUGUGCUUCUCCCAGUCAUUCCUCUUUUGGUCACCGCUAUGGAUGCAUGACCUAACUGUUUGUCUCCAGGUACUACAAUUGUCUGCAAGUGAUUCCCUCAUGGCAGGAUUGAUGUUGCUGGCCUUCAUGUCACAUAUGCAGACAUCUUGCAGAGUUGGUCUGCCAAUGGGCCUGGUGCCUGAAGCCAGUUCCCUGUAGAACACACCCUUGGGGAUACUGCCAUCUUCCCUUCCCAUGUCCCUUGGACAUGACCAAGCCAUUGUAGACACUUCUGGGUUAGGAGUCUGAACAUGCUGGGAAUGUGGGCUUGGGAGGGCACAUCUUUGAUUGAGACUCUGUCCUGAGAUAUGAUGCCCGAAAUCGUCCUUAUGCAGCACAUGUGGAAGACAUUGAAGCGUCAUUCCUGGCAGUUGUAAGUUGCCUACAACUCACUUCCAUAAAGCAGCGCACUCAGCGUGCAAGCCUGAUAGACCUUCAUCUUGGUCUUGGAUGUUAGCAUCACAUUCUCCCAUGUACUUUUGGAGAGGCCAGAUACUGCCAUAGUUGCCUUACUAAUACACUUGUCCAGUUCAACAUCAGUGGAGAGGUUGCUAGUUAUGGUGGAACCCAGGAAGACAAAAUCAUCUGCCACCUCAAGGGUGUGGCCACCAAUGCUGAUGUGUGGAGUGUUGGUAGCGUCCUGACCCAGGAUUUUGGUCUUUGUCAGGCUGGUGGUAAAGCUGAACUUCCUGCAGGCUUGAGCAAAAUGAUUUGAUGAAUCUCCCUAGAGCUUCCUUGAAGUGCACUGUCAAGUCUAUGUCACCUGCAAACAACAUCUCUCGAAUAAGGACCCACCACACUUUUGCCUUGGUAUGGAGACAUACCAGGUUGAACAGACCCCCAUUGCUCCUCAAAUGAAAGUACACACUGUCUUCAGUUGAGCUGAAAGCAUAUGAUAGCACCGAGAAGAAUAUGUCAAAGAGAGUUGUGAAUAGAACACAGGUCUGUUUCACACUGCUCUAUAAGGAAGGUGUCUGAGGACAAGCCAUCAUACUGGACAGUGCCAUUCAUGUUUUUGUGGAAGGGCACAAUCAUCUUGUGAAACUUAGAUGGGCAUCCUGUCUUGUUGAACAGUGAGAAGAGUCCUUUUUGGCUGAUGAGGUCAGAGGCCUUCAUCAGGUCAAUGAAGGCUAUGUACAAGGACUGUCUCUGCUCUCAGCAUUUCUCUUGCAGCUGGCGCAAUGAUAAAAUCAUAUCAACUGUUGACCUUUGAGCUCUAAAGCUGCAUUGUGACUCCACAGAAAGAUUUUUAAAGUUGUUGGUACGAGAGGAAUGGUAUCCCUUCCCGAUUCCUCCUCUGUAAAUGACUGGUACCCUCAAUUCUGAUUGUACCAACUUUCAGUACCAACUAGUGAAGGUUUUUGUGCACUGUACACUGCAUGCAGGAAACUGGUGUGAUUGUUGCAGGCACAAAUGUAAUACAAACGUAACCAAAGCGGAAAGCUACUUCUCCCACUUGGAACUGAUAUCACUUAGCUGAAUAAGUGGACUGCAAGUUAAAUAGAAAAGCACUUAGAAAGCUCUUGGGAAACUUAAUUAGCUACAUUUUAAAUAAAGUAGUAAUGUGAGUUUCAAAAUUGUGCACCAUUUAAAAAGAAAAUGUCUCUGCUGCCUGCUAAUUGGUAGGAGUGUUGCUUCUAAGAUGUGUCAGAAAUCUGUUUUACAUCAGAUCAGAUAAGAAGAACCUGCUUAAACUCAUGUCAAAACAUGAUUAAACAAAAGAAAAUAUAAGGAACUGUUAUCCUUAAAGUGCUCCAGCACCAAAGACUGUGUUUUUAAGUGAGGAUUGUGCCAGGAGAGCAGCUGGAGGAUCAGAAUACUUGCAGCAGCAAUUGCUCCUUUAUAUAUAAAUAUGAUCUUUUUUGUUUGUUUAACUUUGAAGAUUUAAAGUCAUGAUUUCUCAGUCUCAGUAAAUGUUAAUAAGAGCUUACAGUUUGCACAUAAUGUAUACACAAUUAAAAUAAAGUAAAAGUAGGCUGAAUUGGCAUUUAGAUUGUUAGAAUGCCACAUAGACACUAUUUUGUGAGAAGUCUAUUAAUGUAAAUGGUAGUUAAUUAUUCAACUGAUUUUUUCUAUAAAUAAUAAUAAUUUCCUAUAAAUAUUUUUGGAAAUGUAUUUUUGUAUACAUAAAAAUAUUAUUACUAUUUAUUAAAUUUAUAUACCAGCCUUCAUCCGUAGAUCUCAGGGCGGUUUACAACAAAAAAUAUAAAAUUUUUUUUAGAAAUGUAUAAAAGAAUGUGUCAGUGAUAUCUGCUUCCAAAGAGUUGAACAAGAUUAACCAUACUAAUGUUUAUGAAGGCUAGAAAUAAUAAUUGGUUUGCCUGAAUCCAAACUUUUUUGGAAAUUUAAAAAAAUGUAAAAUAUAAAACAUUAUAGGAUAUGAACAUGUUAGAAUCAGUUGUAAUAUUUAAAUUUGUGACAGAGAAGAGAUGGAAGGUUUGUAAUUGUAGAAGUUAUAUAUUUGCUGAAGCUGCAGAAAAAUGUAUACAAAUGUAUACAUGUAUACAUGUUUGAUCAUUGAAGGCUGUUAACUGUAUUCUAAUAUGCAUUCUUCAUAUAGUGUAACAGUUAAUUCCAUACAUUAUUGUAUUUUUAAACUGCCUUUCCUUUUAAACAUAUUUUUAUGGUGACUUGCAAUCUAACAGAACUGGAUGGUGUGUUGAAGCUACGUCGCUCAUCUGGCUUCCCUACAGCUUAGAUGCUGCCUCAUACCAUACCAAGAUGGAGACAUGGGAGGGACAAGGUCAGUUUAGUGCAAAUAUGCCAGUGGAACCAAUCAGAAAUGUUAGAGUGUUUAGAAAGUCCAGUUUUCCCAGGACAUACAUUAAGCUAACUGGCCUGAAAUUCCCAGAGUUCCCGGAUCCAUUUUUUAAAAUUGGUGUUACAUUGGCUAUUUUCCAAUCCUUGGGUAUGGAGGCUGAUCUGAAAGACAAACUACAUAUUUUUGUUAGAAGAUCAACAAUUUCACGUUUGAGUUCUUUGAGAACUCUCAGGUGGAUGCCAUCUGGCCCUCGUGAUUUGUUGGGUUUUAUUACUCCAUUUGUUCAGAAGAGUUGCCAUUCUUGCAUUGACUAGCUUAUUCCAAAUGUAGCUGUGAGAAAGGGAGGAACCUUUAUUGGAAAAAAUAAAUUCCCUUAUUAGAUGCAAAGGCAAUAUUUGUAUGUUCAAAUACAGCCAUAUGGUGUCUUAUUCUUAUUGAUUAACUUACUUUGUUGGGUGCUUAUCAGUGUUUGUUGAAGACAAAAUAAUCACCAUUCAUUCAAACAAAAUUAAUGUGUUUACUUUGGUUCAAUUUCAAACAAUCAAACUGUAGCUGAUUUCUUAACUGCUAUAGAAGUCUUGUCACUACUAGAGGAGGGCUUUGGGAUUUUCAGUAGAACUAGCAAAGCUUUAAAAUCUUAACAGCCCAUUAACUGCAGGAUAUGGUUCAUGAGAUUUAAUGGAUACUUGUUAAAGUGAGACAUAACUAUUCCAUUGCAGGAAGGUUGAGGAGGGGUGUGUGUGGAACCAUAGAAAUGUUUGUUUUUCCUGUUCCCUCCACCAUAAUAAAAUACCAGAGCUGCAUUUUUAAAAAAAAUCCUUCAGAAAGCAUUGCUGUAUAUACAUUUGCUGUACUCCUUAGCAUGUCAUUUCACAAAAUAGAUUAUCAAUUGUUUGAAGAAACCUUUACACACACACACACACACACACACACACACAGAGAGAGAGAGAGAGAGAGAGAGAGAGAGAGACUACCGUAAAUUUUACAUUGCGCUCACUUUGCUCUACUUUUUAAAAUCUGACAGCUUAUGAGAGUAGUUCUAACUUAAUGUCUGUGGUAUAAUAUAACUGGCUUUAGAUUCUAUAUAUUUUUUGAAAACAAAUGAGUUGCCACAAGGCUUUGGUGGGAUAUAAAGUAUUUGAAAUGGAAGCCAACCUCCUUUUCAACUGAAAAUACUGUGUUAACACUCAAUGUAUGGCAAUGUACUCAUUCUACUACACAUUUUAAGCCUAAAACAAAAACUAAUUUGUUUUUACUAAUGUUAACUACAGUCAAACCUUGGUUGUCGAACGUAAUCCGUUCUGGAAGCCCGUUCGGCUUCUGAAACUUGGAUCAAUCGAGGCGCAGCUUCUGAUUGGUUGCAAGAGCUUCCUGCACUCAAGCGGAAGCUACAUUGAAUGUUCGGCUUCUGAAAAAUGUUCAAAACUGGAACAACUACUCGAGUGUAGGGCGAGCUCCUGACAACUUCCAGGUUUUUGGCAUUCGGGAGCUGAAACGUUUGUCUGGAGGCGGUUGGAGGAUGGAUGACGGCUAACAGAUUGAGGUUGAACCGUGACAAGACAGAAGUACUGUUUUGGGGGGACAGGAGGUGGGCAGGUGUGGAGGACUCCCUGGUCCUGAAUGGGGUAACUGUGCCCCUGAAGGACCAGCUGUUUAGCCUGGUAGUCAUUUUGGACUCACAGCUGUCCAUGGAGGCGCAGGUCAAUUCUGUGUCCAUGGCAGCUGUUUACCAGCUCCAUCUGGUACGCAGGCUGAGACCCUGUCUGCCAGCGGACUGUCUCACCAGAGUGGUGCAUGCUCUAGUUAUCUCUCGCUUGGACUACUGCAGUGUGCUCUAUGUGGGGCUACCUGUGAAGUUGACCCGGAAACUACAACUAAUCCAGAAUGUGGCAGAUAGACUGGUGACUGGGAGCGGCCGCCAAGACCACAUAACACCGGUCUUGAAAGAUCUACGUUGGCUCCCAGUACAUUUCCGAGCACAAUUCAAAGUGUUGGUGCUGAACUUUAAAGCCCUAAAUGGCCUCGGCCCAGUAUACCUGAAGGAACGUCUCCACCCCCAUCGUUCUGCCCGGACACUGAGGUCCAGCAACGAGGGCCUUCUGGCAGUUCCCUCACUGCGAGAAGCCAAGUUACAGGGAACCAGGCAGAGAGCCUUCUCAGCAGUGGCACCCGCCCUGUGGAAUGCCCUCCCAACAGAUGUCAAAGAGAAGAACAACUACCAGACUUUUAGAAGACAUCUGAAGGCAGCCCUGUUUAGGGAAGCUUUUAAUGUUUAACAGACCACUGUACAGUGGUACCUCGGGUUACAUACGCUUCAGUUUCAGCUCUGCUAACCCAGAAAUAGUACCUCGGGUUAAGAACUUUGCUUCUGGAUGAGAACAGAAAUUGUGCUCCGGCGUUGCAGCGGCAGCAGGAGGCCCAUGAGCUAAAGUGGUGCUUCAGGUUAAGAACAGUUUCAGGUUAAGAACAUACCUCCAGAAUGAAUUAAGUACUUAACCUGAGGUACCACUGUACAGCAGUACCUCUGGAUACGGACGGGAUCCGUUCCGUUUCACUGCGCACGGCAUCAUUUUGAGUGUCUGUGCAUGUACGAGCAGCGAAACCCGAAGUAACGCGCUCCGUUACUUCCGGGUCGCCGCGGAGCGCAACCCGAAAAUACUUAACUUGAAGCUACUUCAACCCGAGGUAUGACUGUAUUUUAAUACUUUGUUGGAGGCCGCCCAGGGUGGCGGGGUAUAAAUAACAAAUCAUCAUCAUCAUCAUCAUCAUUAUCAAUGGAGCUGUUUGAGAAGCGAGGUUUUACUGUAUUUGCUUUUUGAAAGAUGUUAUUUAAUAGUUUUCUGAACUGAAUACUUGAAAACUUGACCACUCUUUCUCACCCCAACAUUUUGGAGCCUCCAGCUGUUUUGCCACUUCUGGCUCAGAUGCCACUUUUUACCUUUUCCUGUCUUUUUCUCUAGCCUUUACAUCUACAAGCACCUCUUCUCAGCCAACUGUGGCUAAAGAUCUACUGGAAUAAGUAAAAUGAGGGUGAACAUAUUAGCAUCAGUUUAGUAACUGCCCUAAUUGUCUUGCAUGCUGGAAGAGCAUUCUUGUACUUUUGUCCAAUCCACUCCCCUUUUAAAAAUAUCAUUUGACCUUAAAGAAAAGAUGGUGGCAAGGUGCCUUGAAGGUUUGGGUUCUUGCCAAGAGCUUAGCUAUGCUUUCUGCAGUAAGGGACAGCUUAGUAUCGUGAAGCCUUUGAUUGUGAGUCAGCAGCAAAUUAGAACCUCAAAUAGAUAAUUAAUUCUUUAUGAUUUCCCUCAAGCUUUAUGCAGUAAUUACAAACUUCUUUAUUGGGCGAAAUGGAAAUUAAUUUGAAGUUACUAAUUCAUUUAUUUUUAUUUUGUUCUAUAAAUCAGUUUCAGAUAUUUCUUAUCUAAUAUAGCAGUGGAAUUAUGACACCUGAGAUUGUUGAAUUUGCUAUCCCACUUUCAGAUCUUACCGUAUUUUUCGCACCAUAGGACGCACUUUUUCCCUCCUAAAAAGCAAGGGAAAAUGUGUGUGCGUCCUAUGGAACGAAUGCAGUGGGGAGGCAGGCGGGAAAAGCCCCCAAGAGCCGCACACAAGCUCCGUGCGCUCUUGCGGGCUUUUCCACAGGAGGGAGAAGGGACUGACUGGCCGCAUCUGUCCCUUCUCCCACCUCCCAGAAAAACCAGGAGAAGCCGCGAUCUCUUUAAAGGGGUUGCGCGGCUUCUGCGGGCUUUUGCGAGAGGUGAGGGAAUCCCCCCACCUCCCAGGAAAGCCAGGAGAAGCCGUGCAGCCCUUUUAAAGUGCGUGCGGCUUCUGCCGGUUUUGCGGGAGGGGGGAAUUCCCCCACCUCCCAGAAAAGCCAGGAGAAGCCGCGAUCUCUUUAAAGGGGUUGCGCGGCUUCUGCGGGCUUUUGGGAGAGGUGAGGGAAUCCCCCCACCUCCCAGUAAAGCCAGGAAAGCCCUGCGCAGCGUCUCCCGGCAAGGAGAGGCUGCACAGGGCUAAAGGGGAAGCCAAAACAGCGAGCGGAAUCCAUCCCGUUCGCUGCCUUGGCUUGAUCCAUAGCUGCGCGCAACCCCUCCACCAAGGAGAGGCUGCAUGGGGCUAUGGAUUCUUUAGCCCCACGCAGCCUCUACCGGGAGGGAGAGGCUGCACAGGGCUAAAGGGGAAGCCAAAACAGCGAGCGGAAUCCAUCCCGUUCGCUGCCUUGGCUUGAUCCAUAGCUGCGCGCAACCCCUCCACCGAGGAGAGGCUGCACGGGGCUAUGGAUUCUUUAGCCCCACGCAGCCUCUACCGGGAGGGAGAGGCUGCACGGGGCUAAAGGGGAAGCCAAAACAGUGAGUGGAAUCCAUCCGGCUCGCUGCCUUGGCUUGUUCCAUAGCUGCACGCAACCCCUCCGGCAGGGAGAGGUUGUGCGCAGCCUGUACGCUGCUCUUUGGGGCUGGGGGGGGGGAAAGAUUUUUUUUCUUGAAUUCCCCCCCUAAAAACUGGGUGCGCCCUAUGGUCCGGUGCGCCCUAUGGUGCGAAAAAUACGGUAAUUUGGAUUUCAGUGAGGAAAUGUGUUAGUUGCUGUGUGAUUUGUAAACCUUUGGAGCAGUACCCUGGUAAUUAUGUGAUAACAACUGACUUGUGCUAAUUUUUCCACAACAUGAUGCAUUUGUUCCAAUGCUGAAACUGGCUUAUUUUAACACAGGGUUCAAUGUAAAGGGCUUUGGGCCUGGGAUAGAAAAAUGGUUAAAUUAUCAGAUAUCAAAUCCUAGUAUCUCUAUUUAUUGCUGAUUUCAGCUGGAGUAGAAAUGCUGUUGUAGCCGUUCAAAAGGGAUACAGCAGAGCUUUCCAAAAUUUUCAUGUUGAUGGCACACUUUUUAGACAUGCAUCAUUUAGGGGCCCAGUAAUUCAGUUUUACAUCAUUUCGCGACACAGUAAUUCAGGUUUAUUAGCAAACCAGAGGUUAAACUAACUCCUUUCCAGCCCCGGGAGGAGCAGGGGGAGCAUUCACAUGACUCACCUACACACUGCAGUCAACACACUAGCGUGUUGCAACACAUAGUUUGGCAAGUUCUGGAAUACAGAGAUAUAAUAUACAUUGGGAACAUAGGCAAAUGGGAAAUGGGAAAACAAAUCUUGGGUAUCUGAUGGUGUUUCCUGCUUGGCAGGGGGUUGGACUCGAUGGCCCUUGUGGUCUCUUCCAACUCUAUGAUUCUAUGAUUCUAUUCUAUAAAUGGGACAAUUAUCAGUAGUGGUAUUUUAUAGUAAUUGUUACGUUUAAAUGUCCGAUUUAAAGGUUGCUCAUCAGUUGGGAUUUCUCAGUUAGUGCUGAAUUAUGUAAUUAUGCUGAAAUCAGUUGGGAUUUCUCUGUUAGUGCUGGAUUAUGUAAUAUUUUUAAUAUUUUUAAUUAAUAUUGUGUUUCUCUAAGUUGGCUAAAAAGUUAUACAAAUAUUAAAAGUUUCUAAAUAUAUCCUCAUUUGUACUUAAACAUAUUCUCGUAUUCUGAAGUCUGACCUAGCAUAAAGAACAUUCUGCUUUGCUAUAUCAGCUGCUUCUAGUGUUUGUUUUAAGUUAAAGCAUAACAAUGAUUAAAGGCUUAUGCAGCUCUUACACAUCUCCAGUGGUGCAGACUUCCAGUGAAUAGUUAUUUGUGCCAGCAAUGCACUUUGCAGACUGCAGUGAGUACUCUUCAGAAAAGCAUUUUUACUAUAAAUUCCCACAUCCAUACAGCUAAUAACAUGGAAUUGUUACCACUCAAAACUGAGAUAGUGACUGUGAAUAAACACAUGUGGGCAACCCAUGGCUGCCAAGCUGCAUGUGGCUCUCAGCUGCAUGUGUAGCCUGCCAAGUCCUGAGGAAACCCACCAUUUUUCUCCGCUUCCAUGGGUAGAUAUUUUGUUUCCAUGUUGCUAAGCCUGGAAACAAAGUCUGGACCAAACCCUCCAUAUUUUAAAUCCCUAUGAGAGUCAUGCUGCUGGUUUGAACUUCAGAUACGCUGUCUUGAAGAUGCAUGGCCAACUUUCAUUGUGAAAUCUCAGUCUUCAAGGGAAAUACAGCAUUAUGCUCUAUUUUGCAUCUUUGCUUCUCCCUUUUGACGUCAAGUGUAGGGGUUGAACUCAUAUUUGACUGGGAUAGUCCCGGAGCUGCAAACUUUCAUUCUGAUUUCUCAGGUUUUAAGCAAGAGUUUUUGCAUCUUUCCCUUCCUACUGGUUCAGGAGUUGGGACUGGUUUGAACUACAAAAACAGAACUCUAAUAUAAAAUUGUAUCAUGAUUUCUGAGUGAUAAGAAAAUUAGAAAGCCCUGGUAAGAUCAGUCUAAAAGACAUCAUGGUGAGCAACCAGAUGUCUAUGGGAUGUCUGCAAGCAGGAAUACAACAGCACUCCUUCCAUUUUUGACUCACAGCAACUAGUAUCCAGAAUCAUACUACCUCCAACAGGAGAGGUAGAUGGAUAGAUUUACCCUCCAUGAAUUUGUCUAAUUUGCUGUGUAUUUUGCUCCCGUAAGAAGUAGUAAUGGCCAGCAACUUGGAUAGUUUUAAAAAACAAUCCAAUUUAAUGACAAUCUCUACAUCUUGUGAGAUCACAUUUGAUUAGUUCUCCAGCCAAACAGCUGCAGCUCUUGCUGCGAUGGAGGGGGCUAUUUGCAUAGCCAGCAUCUCAAUCUGCAGAGUUCUACCCAGCUUCAGGAAAACCAAAUGUGACAAAGACAUAGAUGUUCUAUUAUAUUCAUUCAUUUUUAUUUAUUUAUUAUUAUUACAUUCAUAUCUUGCCUUUCUUUAGUGGUGGAACUCAAGAUGGAACAAAUAGUUUCCAGGUGGUCACUCAUGCAGGCACUGACUGAAUGCCAAUCUGUUUAGCUUCAGCAAGGUGGUGACAUCAUGUGCCUUCAGACCAUACCCUGGGUCUUAUACUAUGUGGGAGUAAUAUGACUAGUAUAUACAACAACAGAGUAGUAGUCUUUCUGUUAAAAAAAUUGUCAUACAUGCUCUCAGUGAAUUACUGCACUGACAACAAAGUAUUUUUUCUUUUUGUAUAAUCCACACUAAUUUAUUCCACCAAGUAAAAUGGUGAAAGGAAAUAUUGUAGAGGUAGAAGUUUGUUUUGUUUAUGGCAACUUGUAAAAGACAUGUCAAACAAAUAACAGGAAAGCUAUUCCUAUUGAGAAAUGUGACGUGCACUAUCCUUUUUCUUCCUUUUUUGGUGUUCAAGGAUGAAACUAAAUGAAUUGUUUACUUUUAGUUUAAGGCAAAAUGCUGCUUUGGUAUACCAGAUUCUGUAAAACUAAGCAGAUGUUGUGGCACAAGAAAUCAAGAGUUUCAAGUCUUGUAUAAAGUUUUGCUGUUCCUAAACAUGCACGUUAAAUCUUAUACCCAGACUUUGAAUAAAAUGAUGAGCUUGUAGUAUUUAACCCCCCAGAACAUCAGCUUUAUACAGCAACUUUAAAACUAUCAAUGGAUUGGCAUUUCUACUUAAUGCCUUAAGGGACGCGGGUGGCGCUGUGGGUUAAACCACAGAGCCUAGGACUUGCCGAUCAGAAGGUUGGCGGUUCGAAUCCCCGCGACGGGGUGAGCUCCCCUUGCUCGGUCCCUACUCCUGCCAACCUAGCAGUUUGAAAGCACGUCAAAGUGCAAGUAGAUAAAUAGGUACCGCUCCAGUGGGAAAGUAAACGGCAUUUCCGUGCGCUGCUCUGGUUCGCCAGAAGCGGCUUAGUCAUGCUGGCCACAUGACCCGGAAGCUGUACGUCGGCUCCCUCGGCCAAUAAAGUGAGAUGAGCGCCGCAACCCCAGAGUCGGCCACGACUGGACCUAAUGGUCAGGGGUCCCUUUAUCUUUACCUUUACUUAAUGUCUUAAAUACUGGAGGUGUUUAGCCUUAUCCAAUCAUCCUUCCUAAAAGGAUCAAUUCAGGAUGUUUGAUAUAUGAGGCAAAAGGGGCACCCGCUGCUGAAGCUACCGCUGCAGCCCAGUGACACUGUCCCUUGCUGCUCCCUGCCAGAGCAGCUCCUCCCUCCAAAGCCGCCUGCUGAAGCUACCCACCAACACCAGGAGGCUGGAGAGGAGCAGGCAGCAGUGGCAGAAGAAGAGGCCCACUCUUUAGGGCCACACCUGCCAUUUCCCCAACUGUCUCUCAGCCUGCAGCCUGAGGUGACUCCCUCACAGCGCCUCAAGGGUGGGCCAGCCCUGCCUUUGAGAGCUGGUAGAAACAUGGAUUUCCAUUGUAAGCAGGCUUUCCCAUCCAGCAGCACUGGGGCAUUCUUCAUUAGUCAGACUGUGUUUUGGGAAUUCAUUGAUUCCCAGAAUGGAAGUGUGUGGAUGGAAAUGUUCCUUUGAACUAGUCACUGCCAUAUUGCUAUCAAAUUAAAAGAAAGUUUGGAAAUUGCAAUAAGAGAAGAGGUGCCUUGAACUUUUUGUUCUUUCACAUUUCAGUCUCAUUUGAAAGAUUUUUCGCAUGUUCUCUGGAAAGAGCUGAAAGUUCCUGAAGGGGUGCUAAUUUAAUCAAAAAACAAAAACAACUUGGAGUACUAUAGCAUAAAUUGAUUAAUGAUUGAUACUGUUUCUUUGAAAAAAGUUGCUUUGGUUCACCUCAAAAGAGCUGCAAUCAAGUUUAUGCCAUUGAAGAGUUUUACAAGCAAUUUGUUAAACAAGAUUCAUUUUAACCCAUCAGAUAAUGGUUAACCUGUCUGAUAAUAUACAGUAUAUGUUUCAUUUUAAGUAUUUUUUUCUCAAUAACAAAUUAUUACCUACUAUUUUGUUAUAUAAUCUCCAGAAAUGCAUUGAGAGCAUCACUGUGAGAGAUAUGGGUCUGAUAUUGAAAGGGUGGGUAGCAGUUUUAUUAUCCAACCAGCCAAUAUAUGGCUGAACUCUGAUAAAUCAAGAGACACUUGCUUUGAUCACUUGUUUUCUCUUUAUCCUGAAAUUUGAUCUGCUUUCCAGAUGCUCCCUGAUUCCUCCUUAGUUUGUGCCCUCAGAAUCUGUGCUGCAGUGUAAUAGUCUUGUUAUCUAAUAUUUAAUAUUUGUAUUUAAUAUUUAAAGUAUUUAUAAACUGCUUUUCUUGCCUUGUCCAAAUUGGCUUAGUUGUACUGAGGUGGGUCUUCAGCUAAGUAUAUGUGUCAAUUUGUGUGAGAACAUGAUCAUCUGACCGUGAUGAUCAAAUGGUCAAAGGAAUUUGCUUAUUCCAGCCAGAUGGACGAUUGGGAAAAAUUAUGGCAAAAAACUUAAAGUUCACAGCUUGCUUCUCAAUAAUGGAAAAUCUUAUGAAAAUGCUAUAUCGAUUGUACAUGACCCCCAGCAAAUUGCCCAAAAUAUAUAAAAAAACUCAAAUGCAUCCUGGAGGUGUAAGCAAAUGGAAGGAACAAUGUACCAUAUGUGGUGGGACAUUGUCUAUGAGGAAUUAAAAUAAAUGUUUAGACAAAUAUUUGUGAAGAAGCCAGAAGCCUUUCUUCUAGGUAUUUCGACAAUUGAUAUCUCAAAUGAUAAAAGGAGGGUGUUCCUAUAUGCUACAGCUGCAGCAAGAAUGCUGAUCACUAAAAAUAGGAAAGGGGAUAGGACACAGAUGAAGGAAGAAUGGCAAAUCACAUUGUGUGAAUAUUUGGAAUUAGCAAAAAUGACAGAAGUAAUUAGAAAUCAACCAAACCAAAGUUUUAAAGAUUACCUGGAAAAACAUUUUUCUCAAAAUAUUUGAUGUGUUUUGUUUGACUAAAGUUUGCAAAGUAAAUAACAGAUAGAUAACAUAUAUUAUGUAAGAGAAGUGAAAUAAUGAAAACAACACAGUUAAAAAGAUAAGGAAGAAGUAAAAAGCCAAAAUAAGGUGGAGGGAAGUCACUUGUGAAGAAGUAUUGAUUUAUUUUGGUUUACAUUCAUGUAUAAGUUAACAUAUAUUGAAGACAACUGGAAAAUGUAUAUAAUUAAUCAAUGUAAAACUCAAUAAAGACUACUAAAAAUAAAAUAAAAUAGUGUGAGAACAUGAAUGUUUCUGAACGUUCAUACUAGAGCUGGGUGAUACAUCGUCCAUAUCUUGUUUGAGGUCCAUAUUGUGAUAGCGGCUUCAUAGUUUUUUACCUGGAAGCAAUAUACUGUGAAUCAUGGUGUGUAUGUGUGUGUGCGCAUGCGCACUAUGCAAAAAUAAUGGUGCAGGAAAAACCGUGAAGCUAACCAAUGCCUCUACAUAGCUCCAUCCUUAUUUCAGACUUCAUGAUAUGUCAGUAUAUCACUAUGUUUAGCUGGUUAUAUAUCAUGAUGUUGAAAAACAGGUAUCACCUAGCCCUAGUUCAUACCCAUUCCAGGGUAUGAGAGGUCAUUGUAAUAACUUCCCGUGUUUUUCGGUUUCUAAAAUGUAUUCCUAGAAAUGUUAAGAGAUGCAUCUCUUUUUUAAAAACUUUCUUCAGGUAGAGGACAUAUGUAUCUGUGUCUGUGUAUAGGAAGCUGCUUUAUGCUGAGUCAGAUCAUUGGUCCAUCUAGUUCAGUACUGUCUACUGAAUGCAGAGUUUCAGGUGUGGAUUUUCUGUUUGAGAUUGAACCUGGGACAUUUGUGUGCUAAGCGUGUGCUCCAUCACUGAGCUCUGGUUCCUUCCCGAUGUUAGUCUUAAUUAUGCUUCUCCAAGUCACCUUUAGGAGAUUUCAUGCUGACAAUAAUAAGAAACCCAAAGAAGCUGAUGCUCAAAAUGAAUGAUUGAAAUGAAUGGUAGGAAUUUUCAUUGUGAUUUUUGAACCAUUGUUUGACUUUCCGGAAAAGGAUGAUAACAUAACAUUUGUGUCUUUCCUUUUUUCUUUUCCCCUUUCCCUUAAAGAAAGAGUUUAGGGAAGAGGGUUUAAAAAAAGGAGGUUGUUUAAUAAUGUAUCGUUUAUUUUACGUAUUACUUAGUUCGCUAACAUUUUGGUUUCAGGCAACAUCAAGAGAGCAGGGAAGAGACAAAACAUUAGGAUCAAAACAUUACUGUUCAGUAUCCUAAAAUAUGCAGUGUCCUUAGGAAGAAAAUAUUUCAAUAGGAUUAGAAAAAUGCUUUGUUAGUUUCUUGUUGAAAUAGUGAUGCUCUGCAGAUGUACUGCUGCAACUUCAUAACAGAGUGGCAGGCUGUUUUAUAAGGCCAGAGAUUACAAAGGUCCACUUUAACCUUUUUUUCCUUCCUGGCAGGUGUCCCACUGGCCUGAGGCCAGAGGCUGUGAGCAUACUGCAGCCUGUGGUUUACACCAGAACGCAGAGCCGACACUCCAGCUGGCUGCUCAUAAUUACAGUGAUUGCAGUCUGACAACUGGAGUUACACUACAGAAAUGUGAUAAAUAUAAAAAAUGUAUCAACCAGGUUGAACGUUUUAUAAAUAUAUCUACUCUCCCCUCUUUACAGAUACGAUAUCUGCACAUAUAAAAACAAGCCUUGUGGAACACUGGGUAAGGUUGCAAAAAUGUAACCUAAAUGGGUAUUUAUUUUCUUCAAUGUUUUGGUUUUUGUUACUUAUUCAUUUGACAUCAUUUCUUGAGAUGAUUUCCUCACAUUUCAUGUUUAUGUAGAAAAUGAUUCUGAAAAUAUAUUUUGUUUGCAAGAAGCAGUAAUGUUAAAAAAAAACGAAUAGUUAUUUUGGACAGCUGUGCCACUUUAAAAACCUAGAAGGUAAUCAAAGCAACAAUUGGGGGGGGGCAAGGGAAGCUCACAUUGCUUUCUUCCUCAUAAAGAUUGUUCUGAUAGAUUUCACAAAUACAAAGAGAACAAAAGAGACACACAGAAAAACCAGAAAUGUUAAUGGUAAAAAUGUGCUUAAGAAAGCAUGCAGUUAACUCAUUAUCCUGUCUGGUGCAAAAGCUUGAAUUUACCACAUAUCCGUCUCUGAAUUCUUUUCCAUAAUGGUGGUUGUAUUGUGAAUUUGAUGCUGUUUUCUGUUUUUUAAACUGUUACAGUGCUCUUAAUCCAUAAAGUAUAUUGGGAAAGAAAAAAGUCUGCCAUUUCUUUAAAAUUUUACUCAGUAUUUAAUGAUAAGUGUAGGAUUUUGAGCAGGCAACUAUUUUUUAAUGAUCGUGCCAGAAUUUUGCCAUCCCUCCUCUAGGAAACAUUAGGACUCUGUUAACUUGCUUUGUCCACUUAAUCCAGAGGUACUUAUAUAGCACCUGCACAAUUGUGUGCUUGAGGUAUCAAAACCCUUGUCUAAAUAUCAAUGUUUUUACAGUAAGCAUUUAUCUUCUACAGAAAACAUUUAGCGUUUUCAAUUUCUGCCAUUGCUAGUUUUAAAAUCCACAACAUGGCAGAUUGAGCAAUCCCAUAGCUGCAACUUUGCUGGCAUCCACUGGCAUUUCAGGAGAUUUCUAUGAGUGUACAUUUUGUAUCACUGGCAACAGAAUGACAUAUGGAAUGGCUGGAUCACAAUCCCACAUGGUUAUUGCAUCUUAAGCUUAGACAUGCACCCCUAGUCACUACCUGAAACUACAUUUCUGUUGAUCAGGCAUUCUUGUUUCAGCACAAAGUGAAAAUGGGUAUCUAAGGAAGAGAUAAGAGAAUCUGCUGCUGGGUAGAUAUUUUGUUUUUUUUAAUCCCCAUGUCCUUGAACAGGGAGGCAUGAAAGGAGCUAUGUGUAUUCAGUUGCCUUCAUGGAGUAUGUCUACAGCUGUUUUGUAGCUUCAGGAAAUAUUUUUUUCUGCUUCACAUCUGUCUAGCACCUGGUGCAGAUACUUAAACCAGGUGCUGUGCUCUGAUUUUGAACUCUGUUGUCUUCUCAGACCUAAAAGCUUUGUCCAGAAUUUCAAAUUAUUAGCUUGGUCCUGUAGCCUGCCUUAAGACAUUCUUAAGUGUGUUUUAAGAAUAAAUCCCUGCUGGUGCAUAGGUAAAUUGAAUCCCCUAAGGGUCUGUCUAUGUAUAGUGAGCUGCAGAAGCUCCCUGUUGCCACUGCAUCCUUAACCUUUCAAGCACCAACAGGUUCUGAGUAAGCAUCACUUUUACAUACCCAACUUUUUUAACCCAGGUCAAUUGGAGUAUGUAGACGCCAUGAUACAGGCAAGGGGAACCACAUGGUGAGGACUCCCAUGAUUAUGAUGCAGGUACCAGGGAGACAUGGAACGCGGGUGGCACUGUGGGUUAAACCACAGAAGCUAGGACUUGCCGAUCAGAAGGUCGGCGGUUCGAAUCCCCGUGGCGGGGUGAGCUCCCAUUGCUUGGUCCCUGCUCCUGCCAACCUAACAAUUCGAAAGCACAUCAAAGUGCAAGUAGAUAAAUAGGUACCGCUCUGGCGGGGAGGUAAACGGCGUUUCCAUGCGCUGCUCUGGUUCGCCAGAAGCGGCUUAGUCAUGCUGGCUACAUGACCUGGAAGUUGUACGCCGGCUCCCUCAGCUAAUAAAGCGAGAUGAGCGCUGGCAACCCCAGAGUCAGUCACGACUGGACCUAAUGGUCAGGGGUCCCUUUACCAGGGAGACGGAGUAGUAAGCAUGAGGACCUUUUGCAAGCUUCAUUCUCAGUAGGAGUUCAGGUCAUCUUCUGUGUCACACUGUGGUCGGUCAAAUGCAAUGUUAAAUGGGUGUUACAUUGCUCAUCUCAAUAACUUGAUGUUGGAAAGGUGGGGGUUUGCCCAUGACUUGAUGCUGUUCAGCCUGAUGGCAGAGAACAGACUCCUUCCUUCUAGAACGGAAUCACAACCAUGGCAAGCAUAGAUUUUGUCUGGCUCUGGUGGCUAGGAGUGCCCUUUUCAGCUUUGGCUGCUACUGUAUCCAUAAGACAGAGAUUACCUGACCACAGUACUCCAUACUCUUGCAAUGUGCUUUACAUGGGGUUGACCUUGUAGACCACUUGGAAACUUCAAUUGGCUGGGGCUCUGUUUAGAGCCCAUAUUUCAUUUUAAAAUAGAUGCACUGGUUGCCAGUUCAUUUCCAGACCCACUUGAAAAUGCUCAUCUUAGUGUUCAAAGCUGUAAAUGACUCAGGCUCCAAAUAUCUGAAAGAUCACCUCCUUCCCUACCGACUCUCUCAGGUGCUAGAAUCAGCAGAAGGGACUCUAUUGGUACUUCCUUUACCCUCAGAGGCUCACAAAGUGGUGAUGUUGGCCUGGGAGAGGACAUUCCCUGAAACAGUCCCUAAGUUGUGGAACUCCUUCCCUCCGUUCCUUCAUUAUAGUUUUUUGCACAAGAUAGGAUAAGGUAAUUCGAAGCUUUUGCUUCUACUUUUAAACUAACUAGAUUUCCCUGUUAGAUCCAGAUUUGGGGGACAGUUUGAUCCUGGCUUGCUUGAGACAGCUUGAUCCAGGGAAGUUCUUGGAAAAGGACAUAUUUGGAUAGAAUGCACAAGGACAUGUAAUGCUAAGGGGGAGGAGGAGCAUAAAAUACUGAGAAAAAAGUGUUGAUGGAAGUUGGAGGGAGAGGGAUAGCUGAGGAAAAAACACUGAAGGGAGACCUCAGAAAAGAAAAAGGAGAGAAGUAAGUUAAUAGCUGUAAGAUUUCAGAAGGGUGGAAAAUGGACACAAAGCAACAGACUGAAGGACAUGUUCCUCUAGUAAUAGUUAACUAACCAUGUGCCACAUAAAUAAUAGUAGUUUGGGGUGGGUCAUAUGUGGGUUUUGUUUUGUUUCACAAUUAUUAAUUAAUUUGUUGACAGUUUUUAAUUUGUAAAAUAAGUAUUAGCCAUAUCCAUUAGGAAUAUUUUCCAAUGUUAAUCCAUUGAUAAUAACUGAGUGCAUUACUUUCAAUCAUUCUAAAAAUGUCAAAGAUACUACUCUGGAAUUCAGAGUUAAAAAGUCAAACAAUUCUAUUUGGUUACAAUGAAAGUACAAUUUAGGUGUAUUCUAACUUUGUCUUUGAAUAGACUGGAAAGAACGUGAUUGUAACCUUCACCUAGCAGAAAUUACAGUUGGUCAAGUAAUUUCCACCUUCUUUACCGGAGCUUGUUUUGUUUGUUUUCAUUCUGUUCCAGUCUGUUGUAAGAGAUCAGUGUCAGUAGCAGUUAUGUAGAUUAAAAACUUAUUCAAAGAUAAAAUAUCAGGCUGUCUUCCUCAUUUCUUACUCAUAUCCCCCUUGACUUCAACUACUGAGUGCCAAUUCAAAUAAUAUGAACAUAUAAUGUUCCUUAAAUACUCCAAACUUAGAUCUCGGUGAAUUUGAAAACUCUCUCUGUGUGUGGAAUCUGUAAGUGGAACAGCCACAGAUAAUACUGCUGUAUAUGCUACUGCUCUAUGGACUUCAGACAUAGGUUAGGCAUACUGAAUUUAUGCAUUGCUUCCCUCAACAAAAAGGCCCAAAGCAAUUUACAAUAAUAAUAAAAUACAGUAAUAAAAAUGCACAAACACAUUAAAAACACAUUCAGAGUAAAAACAUACAAUCUUUGGUGCUGUCCAAAUGCCCGGGAAAACAAAAGCAUAUAUGCCUGGAGUUGAAAUGAUGACAAAGUUGGCGCCAGUCAGGCCUCCCUGGAGAGAACAUUCCAGAGAUGAGGAGCUACAUAGCCAUUCUAAUCAGUAGAGUUCUCAGUUGAAUUAAGGGAUCACAGAAGGCUAGUGGGGAACAGAGUUUCUAUGGGGUAAGACUCAUUUCUGCACCAUGCAGGGCUUUAUGGAUUGAAAUGAUUGAACAGAAAAGAGUUCAAAGCUAGUGUAAACCCUGGAGUGCUGGUGUUAAUCUGGUUCCUUGUAACACAUCCCUAUCAAGUUAAUGUUAAUCAUAAUUUAGGUUACUUUGCUCAUAGAAUACAUUCCCUUCAGUGCUAAAAGUAUCCCUUUUUGGUCCUUGUUUUGUAGCAGUAUUUUUUCAGGGUACAUAAUCCCCUAGGAGAGUAUGUUAAUGUUUUUCCCAGAUAAUAGUCCUCAAGGAGGAAUACCUUUAAGGCUGCAGCAGGUCAAUUCCUCCGCAGUGGUAACAAAUUAAUCCUGCACUAGUGCACAUCCCAAGUAGUAUUGAAGAACAUUUAAAAUAUUUGUAUACUGUGUUCCAUUUUAAAAGGUUUUAGAAGCAGAUGUAUGUGGUGAGAACUUAAUUUCAGAAAACUGAUAAGCAGAAGUUUUUAUAGUUUAGUAAAUACAGCUAACAUUUCUUUCUCUGCAAUUGGUGCAUUGAGUUUUUUGUUUUCAUAAAAAUUCCUAAAAAUAUACCACUCGGGGGUUUUGUAGCUAAAAAUGUUUCUUGUAUGUUUUAUGAACCCACUAAACUUAAACAGAUCUCUUUAGAAAAAUAAUGUGGACACAUUUUGCUUUCUGCAACCUCAAGAAUGUUAAAAUAGAAAUGCUUGCUUGAAUUCCCUCUCCUGGCUCAUAUUACUAGGUGGUCCCAAGUUACCAGAAGUAAAAUUUAUAAAUCUAACCCCUAGUCUAGACAUUUUCCAGCAGUGACUGCAGUUCAAAAAAUAUUAAUGUCUAGCCGGCAAAGUGAAAUUCCCCCCAGUGAUUUUGCAAUGACUAGAAAGUUAACCUUUUGCCAACUGCUGCUUCGAUGCAUGGAGGUUAUUAAAAAGAAUCCAGGCAUUUAUAACUAGGGCUUUUAAGAUUGAAACACCUUGGCAUGACCCUUUGUGUCUCCUUUUGUUUGUUCAGGCUUGGCCUCUGUUGCUGGAAUGUGUGAGCCUGAAAGGAGCUGUAGCAUUAAUGAAGAUAUUGGCUUAGGUUCUGCUUUUACCAUUGCACAUGAAAUUGGUCACAAGUGAGUACAUUUUUAAAUCUUUAUAAAUCUUAAUUUAAUGACCUUUAUCUGUGACUUUAUUCUCUCAUCUGUUCUGCUUGCUACAUACAUAAAAUUAUCCUAAUGAUUCACUUUAUUUUACUUUUUGUCUUUCACUAACAAUAUGACCUUAAAAGAUUUAUUGCUUCAGCACGUAAAUACUUGAGAUAUGCCAAUUGGCUAUUGCAAUGCUGUCUAUGAGGACUGCUCUGGAAUAUGGUUUGGAGGGUGCAACUGGUGGAGAACGUGGCAACCAGAAUGAUGUCUAGUAUGGUUCAAAGGACUUUUGAGUAGAUAUGGGUGGGAUUACACUAUGUAGGCUAUAUCUGGCCAGUUCAUACUCAAGAGUAGGCACACUGAAAUCAAUGGAAGUUUUAAAUAUCCUCCCCAUGUACUCAGAGGAGGAAGAAUGCAAAUCUGAGGCUCUUGCCUUCUGGUUCUCAUUACAGUAAACCUAUCAUUUAUUAUUAUAUGUAUGAAUUCAACCUCCAUAUUUUAUUUGUUGGAAGCUUAUUCUAGGAGUAAGUCCUAGUAAACAACAGUCAUUUUAUCUACCUACCUAGUAUUAGCUAGUAUCUGGUUCAUUUGGGCUGCUUCCACGUGAGUAGCUCUUAGUGCUGCCGAAUCAUUGCUCUUCUGCUAUAAGCUAUAAGCAGAAUUGGAAUCAACUUUCCACACUAUUGGUAGUAUACUGCUUCUGCUAUGUUAAGGUUACCAGAUUUUUUUUCCAAUGAAUUCGGGGACACUUUUCCACUUCCUACUAAAUAGAUGGAUUUUGUCAGGGGACUGAUUUGUAAAUCUGUGGACUGCCCCCAGGAAACGAGGACGUCUGGUAACCUUAUGCUAUGUUCCAUCCACAUCAGUGGGUGUGUUAUAGGUGCUCUGGGUGGGGCCAUUUGAAGCUCAGCACUCAUGCACUAUUUAACCUUGUUGGUGGGCUGUUUAAUUAUUUUGUUUUUGAAAUAAAUCUUUUACAGUCAUACCUCGGGUUGAAUAUGCUUCGAGUUGAGCGCGUUCGAGUUGCGCUCUGCGGCAACCCGGAAGUAACGGAGCGCGUUACUUCCGGGUUUUGCUGCUUGCGCGUGCGCAGAUGUUCAAAAUGACGUCACACACCUGCGCAGAAGCGACAAAAAGCGACACACACAUGCCGUCGCUAGUUACGUUUGCUUCUAGGUGCAAACGGGGCUCCGGAACGGAUCCCGUUCGUAUCUAGAGGUACCACUGUAAUUGGCUUUUCCAACUUUUAAUUGGCUUUUCCAACUGUACUUUUUAAAAUGAAAGAAGUACAACAGUGUUUAUGCUACAGCACCAUAAUAAUAUAACGCUCAUCUUUUUUUAAAAAAAAUGAUGAUGGUCUAGGUGCUCUUAAACAGUUAUAUCCAGGGGCACAUAAUUGUGGAGGUAACCUGGUCUUGAGGAGUUUGUGCCUUUGUGUAUUAGUAACAAGACCUUGAACAUAGCCUGGUAGUUAAUCAGCAGCCUAUUCAGUUCCCUCAGCGCAGAUGUAAUAUGUACAUGUCCAGAUGCUCCAUUCAGCAAGCUGACUGCAGCAUACUGCACCAGCUACAACUUCCAAACAUGCCUGAAGGGAAGUCCCACAUAGAACGCAUUACAGUAGCCUAGUUGUGAGGUUGCUAAUGCAUGAAUUAUAGUGUCUAAGAUGUCAUUGUCCAGGCAGGGUUGUAGUUGAUAUACCAACCUACUUCGUUAAUAGGUGCUGUUUGCCAAGGAAGUUACCUAGGUUCCAGUAACAAAGAAUGGUCCAAACUGUGUACUUACUCCUUUAGAGGGAGUGGAACCUUGUCCAGAAUUGGUAAAUUCACCAAUUUCCAGACUGUAAACUACUCGCCCACAGAGUCUUAUCAGCAUUCAGCGUCAUUUUGUUAGCUGUGAUUCAACCCACUACUGCAUCCAGGCGGCAGUUCAGAACAGAUACAGUCUCUUCUGAUGUAACAGAGAAAUUGAACUGAAUGUCAGUGUGUUGACGGCCCCAUUCCCCAAAUCUAAUGAAUGCUCCCCAUGAUUUAAUAUACAACAUUGAGGAGAAAAUUGUGUCCUCCAGCACCAUCCAGCGGAACUGCUAGGGGGCAGACACAUAGCAUCCCAACACUAUGUUUGAACCCAGCCAUGUAAGCAGGAAUGGAAUCACAGUAACACAGUGCAACCAAUUUGCAACUCACACAAAGAGUCCAGGAAAAUACCAGGAAAGCCAACAGUAUUGAAAGUCACUGAGAAAUCAAGAAAGAGGAAUAGAGUUGCACUCCUGCUGUCCCAUGCCCAAAGGAAGGUGUCCAUCAGGGUGACCAAGGGUAAUUCUGUUCAAAAUUCAGACCUGAACCUAGACUGGAAAGGGUCAAGAGCAGCAGUUUCUUCCAACAGUGCUUGCAGCAUGCCGUCACUCUCCCGAGCACCUUAUCUCAAAAUAAGAGUAAUUUGUGAUCAGGUAAUAGUUGUUGAGUACCUCAGGGUCCAAGGAAGUGUGUGGGUUUUUAAGGAGUGGAUACACUGCUGCCUCUUUCAAGGCAUUAGGUACCAUUCCCUCAUGCAAAACGUGUCAGCUGCUUCCUGGAAUGACCUUACCCCAAUAACUUGAAUAAGCUAUUGUGAGCAGGAGUAGAGAGAGCAUAUUGCGGGCUGAACCACCACAGGCACCUUGUGUACACCCUCAGACCUCAACUGAAACAGAUUUCCACAAGAUCAGGGAAGAUGCUUUGUCAGGUACUUCACCUUUCUUUGGAAUAAUGGCAGCAUUCACCUCAGCACUGAGGCAAGUACCGUAUUUUUCGCACUAUAGGACGCACUUUUUCCCCUCCAAAAAUGAAGGGGAAAUGUGUGUGCGUCCUAUGGUGCGAAUGCAGGCUUUCACUGAAGCCUGGAGAGCGAGAGGGUCGGUGCGCACCGACCCUCUCGCUCUCCAGGCUUCAGGAGAGCCCCAGCGCCAGCCCCACACGGUGGGGGACAGAGGGCGGCGGAACACCGCCAUCCCGCUGUCUCCCGAAGUGGUUUGGUGGCUGACGGGGGGGAGACCCCGCCGCCGGCCCCGCAAGCUCCGGGGACAGCUGGGAGACGCAGCGCGUCUUCCUGCUGUUCCCGGACCUGCUCUGAAGGCGGGCGGCGGGGAGAAGAGCGCUUCUCCCGCUGCCUGCCCCCAAGCUCCGGGGACAGCAGGGAGACGCAGCGCGUCUUCCCGCUGUCCCCGGACUUGAUAUCAAGGCGGGCGGCGGGGAGAAGAGCGCUUCUCCCCACUGCCUGCCCCAAGCUCCGGGGACAGCUGGGAGACGCAGCGCGUCUUCCCGCUGUCCCCGGACUUGAUAUCAGGCGGGCGGCGGGAGAAGAGCGCUUCUCCCGCUGCCUGCCCCAAGCUCCGGGGACAGCAGGGAGACGCAGCGCGUCUUCCCGCUGUCCCCGGACUUGAUAUCAAGGCGGGCGGCGGGAGAAGAGCGCUUCUCCCGCCGCCUGCCCCCAAGCUCCGGGGACAGCUGGGAGACGCAGCGCGUCUUCCCGCUGUCCCCGGACCUGAUAUCAAGGCGGACUGCGGGGAGAAGAGCGCUUCUCCCCGCUGCCGGCCCCACAAGCGCCUGGGGGGGAAAUAAUUUUUUUCCCUUUAUUUCCCCCCCAAAAAACUUGAUGCGUCCUAUGGGCCGGUGCGUCCUAUGGUGCGAAAAAUACGGUAAUUUUAUCCUCAAAGUUCCUUGCAAACUUAUCAUAGUAGGCCUCUAUAGUUCCAAAACUCAAUUCUGUGGAACAGAUGUCAGCUCUCACAACAUGGAACAGCUCUGUUAACCAGCUACUCCAAGAUGCACCAUCUUCACUGGCACAUAGUAGUCAUGACUAUGCACUUUAGGACAUGUCUUGUCAGUUUCACAUUGAGUCUAACACCACUUCCAUUUUAGCCCCCGAAAACAGGCAUUUUCCAUCAUUUCUCAUGCACUCUAGAAUGCCCUUUCCUCUAGUCCUUGUCCAGCUCAUUUGAUUGGUCGGAGUUCCCUGGAAAACUCAGGAGCAAUCUUGUCAACAGUCCUAUGCAUCUUGCCAUUCCAUAGCAUAACAAAGACCUUGACAGGGAUUGCCAGCUCUGGCUCCUGGAAAUUUCCCCAAAGCAUUCAGGAAUCCUUCAGGCUCCUUUAAGUCUCUGAGGAUGGACCAUUCUGAAGUAUCCUCCAACCUUGUAGGGAGAAACUGGCACUGUAAAACCAAACUUAGCAGAUAAAGAUCUGACCACAACAAUAGGGUUUCUUCAACACCCUCCACCCUAUAUGCAGACCAGCCCUUUCACUCUGAACUGAAGACCAAAUCAAGAGUAUGCCCUGCCCUAUGUUUUGGGCCAGUUACAACUUGAGUUAGCCCAGUUAUUAUCAUGGAGCUCAUAAAUGCCCAAGCUGGCCCAGUCAAGUUAGCCUCAGCAUGCUUAUUGAAGUUCCUCAGAACCAGUGUCCUCUGAUUCUCAAACACUGCACUCAAUACCACCUCCACCAGCUUGGAUAGAUAUGCUGUGGAGCAGCAGCCCCAAUCUGUCCCGCUGGCCCAGUGUAAGGUAUAGCCUACCCAACAAUGGUGAAGUUUCCUAGUGAGUGAGAUGGAAAUUAUGUUUCCAGUGACAAUGGGUUGUCUGGGGGCUGGCUGGCUGGCUUAUUUAUUUACCUACCUCUUUAAGUUUUUCUAAGUUUGUAAACCUUGUAAUUGCCUUAAGCAUGCUGAUGCCUCCCCUUUGUUUCUCAGUAGCACCAUUUUGACUUCGUAUCUGUUGUUUUAUUAGCAUGUAUUUCAUAUAGUAGUUUGUGUUGCCAACUAUUUCUCUCAUAAUGAGGAACAUUACUUUUUCUGCUGCAGACAAACAGAAGGUUGGCAUCUGCACAUUCUGUUGGAUGGUUGUGUUUCCCCCUUUUUGUUGCUUCUCAACUUUCUCUACUUCUUUACUGAAUAAGUUAAGAAUUCUGAUAGUGUUUAUGGACAGUAGGUGUGUACUGCUUAAGUAAAUAUAUACAUUUUUAAAGCCUUCACCUUUAAUAUAGUUCAGUACUGAUGAUUUUAUUAAUGAUGGGCUUUGUUCAUGCUGGGCAGAUUUUUUUUUUUUUAAGUAUCUUGGAUCGGGAAUCUCUGAUAAAUUAGUGGAAUUUAAUAGCUCCGCAUAGGAGGAAAUAGAUUUUUUGGAUCAGUUGGUCACUUUCUGAACAUGAGUGAAAUCUCUUACUGCAGAAUAAAUGAGGGAAUACUUUCAUUAGGACCAUUUAACAUUCACAUUGUAGUUUGAUCAUCAGUUGCAUCCCCGCCAAAAAAUGUAUUACCUCAGCUGUUCUCUGAUUCUUUUCAUUUGAACCAAUACAGUUAUCAAGACUUUAACAUAUUUAAUGUUUUCCUAAAGUAGAUGGUUCUGUCAUAUACGCUUUUACCAAAUCCUUCCACAUAUGGUUCCUCUCAGUCUGCCCUUCCAGUUUUCCUGCCUGACAUUUAUACUUUUAACUUUGCCAGCCACAUAAAUGAGCAAGUCAUCUAAUGAGCAUUUUAUCCUUGUGAUUCUGUGGUUUUGUGGUACUGAUUCCAUCCCCUAAAAAAAAAAAAAAUCCAAGAGAAGGAAGAAUCUCAAAUAAAACUUUAAUAUUUUUUUCUGAGGGAAAAUGCAUUCUAAGUGUUAAAAUCCAGUUGUGCUGAACUCAGUGACAGGGCAGAUGCUAGCAGGGCCAGUAAAGAAUAUGAAAGACACACGAAGAGCACAGGAAGCUAUGGUGGUCCAUAGAAGAAAAACCUUAAACCUAUAAUUGACCAAUACCCUUAUUGGGCCCAACCAAAAUGUCUCAAAUAGUGAGCAAGAUUUAGAGUUCUUCAAAACUAGAUGUGGUCUAGAUGUUAACUAAAACAAGAGCUGGGGAAAGGGAGAAAAAGUGGGUGUGAUGUUAAAGCUAUCAAGUUGUCUGCUGUAGAAGUCUUGAGAUAUAAAUAUUUGGUUAUUUUCUUGCUGGCUUAACAGCCACUUUACCACUGACAGCCAGCAUCAAAUUUCAGGGAGUCCUUAGCAUGGUGCCACAAAUAAAGCCCUAACAUCCCCCCUGCAAUGCAGCCACAACUGUGCAGUAUUUUUCUGUUGCUGCCACCACAGCAGUAACACAAUUCAUUGACUUUCAAAAUCAAAUCCUAAUCCUUAUGGUGGCAUAUAAAUAUUAUAAUUAUUAUAAUUAUUAUUGACAAUGAUCAAAUGAGAUGUUUAAGAGGUUUAAUAGUUAGAAUGAGAUAUAAAGGAUUAGAAGUAGAAAUUCCUCUGUUGCUUAAACUGUUGUGGCCCUGCUGAAUGGAACUGAAACCACUGUAGUGGUUUGUAAAGUUCACACUGAGAGUUUAUAUAUCUAAUAUGUCAUUCUGAAUUACUAUCUGAGUUAAUAACAUGGAAGCUUCUUAUUGUUUUCCUUUUAUUAAUCAUGGUGACUACUAGUGACGAUUUUAUAUUGCUUGAAUCCUAUUUGGUGUACCCACAUUUUGAGGCUACUAAAUGUAGCAAAAUACGGUACUUAGAAUGAACCAAAGUAAAAAAGAAAUAUAGCAAUAGCAAUACUGUGUUAUGUUUGUGUAAGGCCUCAAACCUAAACAUCUAUGCCAACCAUUUUUAGACAACAUAUAUAGCCCAUUGUUUAAUUCCUGUUCACUGAGUAUAUUAAGUAUAUAUAAGUAUAUUAAGUAUGUGAAAAUCUUAUGUUAAAGUUCUGUUCCAUAUAAAAAUAAUGGACUCUUCCCCCUCCCUCUUCCUAUUCUUUUGGACAGUUUUGGUAUGAACCAUGAUGGAAUUGGAAAUUCUUGUGGGACCAAAGGUCAUGAAGCCGCAAAACUUAUGGCAGCUCACAUUACAGCAAACACCAACCCCUUCUCAUGGUCAGCCUGCAGCAGGGAUUAUAUCACCAGUUUUUUAGAGUAAGUAGUCUCUGAAGAGAGAUAAUAAGAUUCUUGAAAAACUUCACACUCCACCAUACCCUGCUGAGGUGAAUGUACAAUGAUAAAGAAGAUAUUUACCCAUGAGACCUAAUCCAUAAGUGUUGGCUAAUAGCAGUGAGUUUACUAUUUACUGCUGUAUAUGGGAGUCUCUUCCAACAAGGAUGGUUAUCAUUGUCAUAUUUGACAGUGCUGAUUAGGGAGAAGAAAUGGGAACAAAGGAGAAAGAAGGGGUGCUUUGCUACAGUGGUCCAGCCUCACCCAAGUUAUUGACUCAGUCAAAGCCAACAGUGCUGCCAUCUAACAGCACAAUCCCAACCAUGUUUUCUUUCAAGUAAAUCUUAUUGAAUCCAAUGGAACUUACUCCACAAAAAGGUGUUUCAGGGUGAGGCAUUGGCUGCUAGGUUCAAAGCACCAGGGAUUCCCUAAGGGGUUUGUUCCUUGGGCCCCUUAGCUAUUCCAACCUGAUAUGGCAAAAAUAUAAAAGUACCCACUCUAUCCCAGAGCUCCCAGUGUAGAGGAGAAUUUGCUGCUCUACAUUUCCCUGGCCCCUUGUUAGGCUUACUUUCUAAAUAAUUAGAAUACAACACUAUUGAUAACAAUCCUAAUGACUGUUUGCAGACGUGGUGUAAUAAUGAUGUAGGAGAUUGGUGUCUACUCCAAUUUUAUAUUAAUUUACAAAUAAGUACUGGAAUUGACUAAUUAGUCUCAUAGUUAAUAAGAUCUUUUAGAGGCUUGUUACAUCUAUCACUAUACCAAAUAAUAUUGACAGAUGUAAUAUAUUCUAUGAAUAGUCAAAUUAAAUGUAACUCCUCAUAGCUCCUCAUUUUAUUUUUAAUUACAGUUUGCAUAGUAGUUUUAAUUUGUGAAACAUUUUAACAGUUUUUAUUGUGCUAAUACUUGUGGUAACCCUAUGAAGCUGAUCCCUGGCAGAGAGGCAGCAAUUUCUCUAAGAUGACAUAAUGAGUUCAUGUUAGAGGUGGGGCUUGAGCCCAUCUUUUUCAAGCUGCCUCUGUUGCAGAAAUUGGAGCACUAUGUGUACACCUCAACUUGGAGGCACUGGCAAUCACAAAUCCAAACUGCUAGCUGGCUUAGCUGCAAAUCUAGUAGUGGGCCUAAAUGUUUCCCAAGUCAAUAUGGUGGGGACAUCUCAUAAAUGAGCCAGCCUUCAAUUAUCUAAUCACUGUUUUCAUGUAUGUAUUCCUCUGUAUUGAUCUAGGAUGCAGAUGUGUUUGAUUAAUUUGCAAGUAUUUUUUGGCUAUUUUUGCAAAAAAAAUAGUUACUCUAGAUCAGUGUUGGCUUAACCUGUGGCCCACCAGAUGUUUGAAGACUGAAAGGCUCAUCUUCCCUGGCCCUGGGCCAUGCUGAUGGGUGUUGGAUUCUGACAACAUCUUGAGAGACAUAGGUUGGCCUGUAUUUACUAUUUCCAUAACUCCCACUAAAAUUAUAACCUAGGAAAACACUGGCACCAAUGUUAGAUUGUUUGAAUGGCUAAUUUUGAUGAGUAGUUUCCAUUUAUGACUGGUUUAUUUUGCAUAUGAUACAUAGUUUGGAAACUACAGUAUGCAUAUUUGCAGUCAUAAUGUUGUAAAAAUGAUUAUUUGGGGUUUGGUAGCUAUUCAGAGCAUCCCAUAGCUUUGGCCACUAUAUUUUCAAGUACAGGUGCCUGGAUAAGGUGUUUCUUUUUGAAAUGAUGCCUCUUUAGUUUGGGUCUCGAUUGAGAUGACUAGUUCCCUGAGGCAGUAACUGUUAGGUAUAAAGACUAUUAGAUUCUUUUUAUAUGUAUGUUACUCUUUUGGUGUUGACGGCUGACCUUUUUGGCUUAAAAUGCUCUGUAAAAUUGAAAUCAGUAAAACAACCCCAUAUUAUCAGAACUAAUCAUAAACCAUAGUUUAGCAUUAUGUGAACAAGCCAGAAUGAGCAUUGGUCAUGUAGACACCUCCCCUCUAAUAAUACAUGUGUAAAUGCAAGCUUAAAAAGCAUCUGUUCUGUUUUGUGCAUACUGUUGACUGUACAGAAACUAGUAAAUAUAAUUAUAGCUCAGCCUUUGCAUGUCUAUUCAAAAGUAAGUCCUAAUGUGUUCAGCGGAGCUUUCUCCCCUUCUCAGCAUGUUUUUAUUUAUAACCUUAUUAAGUGCAAAGUAUAAUUUCAAAAGAAGCCUUAUUUUUCUUUUAAAUGCAUUCAAGCAGAUCUGUGACUCCAAUUAUUCUAUUAAUUCAUUCUAAGUUUAGUUAUCUUGUGAGCGUUCAGGCUAUCUAUUUCCCCUCUAAUUAGCACUAUAUAUUAUGAAGAGCUAAUAUUGAAUGCUCUAAAUACAUCCUAAAUCCCGUUUAUGGAAAAAGCCUAGGAUUUAAGCCAACCUAGCCUCAAGUUCUGAACAAAAGCCCAAGUACUUCAUAAUGUUAAGAAUGAACUUUGGAAUGCAAAUCCAAAGACAUUUGGGUUCAAAUCUGAAAACUGCUGUCAACUCACUGAAGGCAUUGUGCAAUCUAUUCCCACCAGGAUUCACCUGUAAAAAGAAAAGAAAAAAUGUUCUAAGGCUGAACAGAAUAAAAAUGAUUGGGCUGUAUCUGACACUGAAUUUCCACUGACUCAAUGCACAACAGAACAUCUUCUUCCUUUCCUGUCCUUUCUGCCCCUCAGGAGCAGGUUUUGGGGAGGGGGUGCGAGGGAAGAAGAUGAAUUGGAGGUCCCAUUGGGCUGUAGCCACUGUUACACCACUGGCCUUCUGCUAGUGCGAUGAUGAUGAUGAUUGCAUCAGCAGAAGGCACCAGCGGUGCAGCAGUGGAUACAACCCAUUAUAAAGCACUUUUUAAGUAUGUCAGACUGUAAUAAUGCAUAAUAAUGACAAAGACUCUUAACUUUAAAGUUAUUUCUUUCGAAGUUAGUGGGACACAAUUCUAUAUGAAAGGCUAGGGUCCAAAUAAUUGUGCAGCUCAUUUUAUGUGUCCAAGAGUUUGUUCUGCCUCCCCAGUUGGAGGCAAUAAUGCUUCUGAGUACCAGUUGCUGGAAACCACAGAAGGGGAGAGUGCUGUUGUACUUGAAUCCUUCUUGUGGGUUCCCACGGGCAUCUGGUUGGCCACUGUGAGAACAAGAUGCUGAACAUGAUGGGCCAGUGGCAAGAUCCAGCAGGCUCUUAUGUUCUUAAGAGGUCUUUGAACUUUUUUUUGGUUGACAUUUGUAAGAUAGCAUUGCACUUAUUUUCUGUUCUUUCAUAAGUUAUUCUGCAUUUGUGGUAAGGGAUGUGGGUGGUGCUGUGGUCUAAGCCACUGAGCCUCUUGGGCUUGCCAAUCAGAAGGUCAGUGGUUCAAAUCAGUUACUCUGUCCCAGCUUCUGCCAACCUAGCAGUUCGAAAGCAUACCAGUGCAAGUAGAUAAAUAAAAAUUCUGCAGUUUAACUGUAACUGUAUCACUGCUGGAUAUGUUUAUUUGGAACACUUGUUUUACACAACAGAAUCCUGAUACAUAUUUUAGCGGUGAUAACACUUUAUAGUGUUCAUAAUUUCUUUGGUUCUUUGUGUUGAACAGUUCUGGCCGUGGUACUUGCCUUGAUAAUGAGCCUCCGAAGCGUGACUUUCUUUAUCCUGCAGUGGCACCAGGUCAGGUGUAUGAUGCCGAUGAACAAUGUCGCUUCCAGUAUGGAGCAACGUCACGUCAGUGUAAAUAUGGGGUAAGAAGUCUUACGUAUCCUGCUUAGUCAUUUGUAUAUAUUCAUGUCAUAAAUGUUUAGUUAGAUACAAUUAUUAGUGACAUAGUUUUCAAUAAAUAAUUUUCACUGUAAAACUGUUUUAAAUAAGGAACAAGAGGUGUUUAUGCUGCAUCUUUUGCUUGAGACAUUUGUGUAUAUUCUGUUCCCAAAUGUUUGGCUAAAAAUAAAUUGAGCAAUUCCUUCAAAAUCAAGUGGAUGAUCUCAAAGCCCUGGCUAACUCAUUGCACACAUUCCUGAUUCCUUGCUUAAUUGUAAGCUGCUGCUAAUGUCUGGUAGAAAAGGUUCAUAAGAUACUAAAAUUUUCAAGCCUUUCAUUAUACUAUUCAACUGAGUUUUUAGUCAUGUUACUGUAAUAAUUAGCAUUAAACUUUUUAUGAGUAUUCAGUUUAAUUUAUUGUAUCCUAAUAUUAAGGAAUAGAAAUGAUAUUACUACUGCUGUUAAUAAAAAUGAGUUUCACAGAGAAAAAAAUUAUAGGGAGAUAUUCCUGUUUAAUAAGAGUAUUGUUAUUCAGUGAUGAUGAUGAUAAUGAUGAUGGUAAUAAUAAUAUGUGCCCUUUAAAAUAGCUUAAAAUAAUAUAAAUGACAUGUUGUAGUUCAGAACACUGAUAACAACAUUUUUAUAGGCUAAAGCAUCAGUUAUACUGAUUCUAUAGUCCCCAUCAUCAGCUGGGUUUAAAAAUGAAAAAGUUAUUAAAAAGUACAUUUUAUAGACUUUUGAGCCAAGUUACAUAUUAUUUUGUGUACUUUAAAAAUAAAAUAAUUAAGACAUAGAAUUAGCCAAGGCUAUUAAAAAAACUAUAAUACAAUAUAAUUAUAAUAUAAUAUAUACCUAAUCACUUGCACUAAUCAGUUCUUUUAAAGCAGUAUUACAAAGGGAAUUCAUUUUAGUAUCCCUAGGGUGAUAAGUACAAUAUUAUUUUUGGGAUGACUCUUGGCAGCUCAUACAUACCGUGAUGGAUUUAAAAGUUGUGUGUGGUUGGCUGGCUGGUUAGGUCUCUCAUUCUUGAUUUCUCAGCAAAGGCCUUUAUUGUUUCUCUUUAAGCUCCCCCUCCUCCCCCUCUUCUCUCCCCUCCCAAUCUCUUUAUAUCCAGUGCACAUGCUUUGGUACUCUCCUUCAUUCUUUUCACUGUAUAUAGUCGUCACAUUUUUAGAGUGCAUUCUGUAUCAGAAAGUUUGAAGACAUUUCUUUUUACUAAAUGAUGUAUCAACAUAAGGUAUAUUAUGCUUGAUUUGCGCUGGAGAAUUGGUAGUGUGUAUGUUGCUGUUGAGCGAGCAAAUCAUACUUUUCUUUAGCCUCUUCUCAUUUAUUCAGUGUUGUGUUGACAACAUUGUGUAGCUUUGUUUAAUGGGUGGGCUCCAAAGAAUUGUGGACUAAGGUUCUUUGAUGAUGCAUAGGAGUUUCCGAGCCAUUCUGCCCACCUGCAAGUCCUUGUGGACCACUUUGGCAGAGGUUUUAGGGCAGAAUUACACAUUAUGUGUGGUUCUGUGGUUCUGUUGCAAAGCAGCGGAUUCCACCUUUAGUCUAUGGAAGGGGUGGGGAACCUUUUUCAGCCUGAAGGCCGUAUUCCCCUAUGGGCAGCAUUUUGAGAGCUGCAAGCCUCAUAGAGCUAGAGCCACAAGUGGCCCGGUCGAGAAGCAAAAAUGAAUGACUAAUGAUUGUGAGUCAGUUGUACAGUAGUCUACAUUCCAACCACACACACACACACACACACCACAUACAUCUCUUCAUCCAGGCAAGCAAGAGGCAUUAUCACAUUUCAAUGGCACAUACAAAAGCACUCAAGUUGGACAUGGAACGGGAUUGGUGAGCAGAAUAGCGUGGUGGGAAGUAUGUGGCCUGCAGAGACAAGGCAAGAUCUGGGAGAGUCUGUUGACAGUUACUAACCCUGAUGUAUUUGUUCCACCUCCACUGCUAGAGGUGGUAUGAUUCUGAAUACCAGCUGCUGGAAACCACAGAUGGGGAAUGUGCUGUUGCCCUCAGGUCCAUAUUCAUCUGGGUGACCAUGGUGAGAACAGAAUGCUAUACUAGAUGGGCCACUGGCCUGAUUCAACUGGCUCUUUUAUGAUCUUAUAUUUUGUACAUUUUCCCUAGUGGUGGUAUUUGUAUAUUUUCUCCAGUGGAGUAAAACAGCUUGCAGGAGGUGUCUUCAGUUGCUGCAAUGUGUUUUUAAAAAAUAUCCAACCCUUAUACUGUAGUAAAGCAGCAAGAGCAAGCAAGUGAAUAGGAAUUGGUACUUGGGAGAAAAUAAAUUCAUUAACAAUUCAUAGGCUAAUAGACUUUCUCAAACUUUCUGCUACUUUCUGCUAGUGCUGAGUUGGUAUUAGAUCCUAGAUAAUUAGUAUUUUGUAUUACUAUUAGUCUACCUGUUAUAGACCACUGGUAGAAAGUUGAUAUUAGCUUCAAAUGUAUAUUUGUAUAUGCUUACAUGUUCUGAAAUCCAUGAAUAGCAUCUAUUCUCAUUCUGCUUGUACACUAAUGCCAAAAGCUGGGUCUUUUGAGUCCCUCGAUGCACAAUUGACAAUUUUUUUAAAUUGUAAAAUGGUAGUAUUCAACUAAGAUUUACCCAGAGUUAAUGGACUUAACUAUUGAAAUUAACGGGCUUAACUUAGUCAUGCUCAUUAGUCCCAAUGAGUCUACUCUGAGUAAAGUUUAAUUAAAUGCCAGCCAUUGCUUCUGAAGUGAUUGCUUCUGAAGUGAAGAAAACAUGUGAAGCCCAUCAAUUGAGGUGCAUGUUAAGACUGAAAGAGUACUUCACAUAAUUAGCAAUAAGGAAAAUGUUCUGAAAACAGUGGGAUACAACAGACAAACAGAGAUAUUCCUGUCCUUCCAUGUCUUAAUUCUCUGUUUACUGUGCUUAGAAAUUGAAAGGGAAAUGCAGUAUUCAUCAGUACAGUAAUGUCUGUUGCAGAAUACUAUACAGUUGUACCUUGGUUUUCGAUCAGCUUGGUUCUUGAAUGUUUUGGCUCCUGAGUGCUGCAAACCCGGAAGUAAUUGCAAACUAUUUUUGGAAGCUGAACAUCCAACAGGGCUUCCACGGCUUCCAGUUGGCUACAGGAGCUUCCAGCAGCCAAUCAGAAGCCGUGCUUUGGUUCCCAAACGUUUUGAAAGUCAAACGGACUUCUGGAACAGAUUCCGUUCGACUUCCGAGGUACGACUGUAGUCUUGUGCACAAUUUAAAUCCAAUGAGUGGUGGGGCAUUUAUCUUAAUUGUAUACUGCAACUGCUUCAGGUACUGCACUAUUGUCGAUAAUUGCUUCAGUGUUUAAAUGCUUCUAUAAACACUGAUAUUGCAGUGCAAAAUGGAAUGAGUAUAGGAGUCAGGUGCAGAGUGACAAACUGGAUCCAUGGUUCUGAAUCACCCAGUCUCUGGCCAGAAGGACACAUUUUAAAGUAAUGCAUUUUGUAAACAAAGCUUAUAGAGCUAUUUCUGUUUUGGUAAUACAGGUUUUUGCAUAGGUUGCCUCUAUCUAGAGGUGCCUUGGGCUUUUCUUGAGAAAAGGUUUGCCAGUUCAUUCUUUAAAUAGCCAGAAGAUUAUGGGCCAUCUGGUUUAUUUCUGAAGUAUGUUCCAACUAAAUGAUUGGUUUUCUUGAGAUCCACAUGUUGAGUUCUCUUUUCUGAUGCCUAGUAGUCUCUUUCUUUUCAACUUUGCUAUUCAUCUUCUAACCCUGAUCUUUCAGGCUGUUGCUAAGGCAUUGUUAAUGCACACUUCUUUCUAUCUUAGCUAUCUUUAAAAGCACCAAACAGAGUCUGCAGAUGUAAUACAUAGUUGCAAUGAGAGUCUGGAACAGAGCCUUUGAAAUUUUGAUGCUGGUUUUGAUUCCAGUAAGAGUCAAGUGGAAGGAAUAGUUGCUGACAAUGCAGGAGAAGGUUCAGAUUCUAGUUGGCAAGUGGGACAUGGGUUGUGGAUUUGAAAGGAAAGUAUCUUUUACAGGUGAUAGGUGGGAGGUUCAUAGAUUUGGUAAAGUUCAGAUAAGCACCCAAUAUUUAGGAAAAUAAGAUGAGAAUAUAAUAUACUAUACAAUAGGAGUUUAAGUUACCAUAAUUUCUUCAGCAUGUAUGAAUUGAUAACAUGCUGCACCGCUUCAUAAUGAGCAUUUCUGAAAAUGGAGCAUUAAGAUUUGUAAUUUUUGGGUGCUUAUCUGAACCUAAUCAAACAUGUUGAACCUUCUGUGGUUCAUACAUAUCUAAUACUCACCCUCAUAUAAACAUGAUAAAAGUAUGAACAAAAUGAGGGUGGAAAUAUUAUAGCUGGACAUUUAUGCAGCUCUGAAUUGGAAAUCAGAAUCUAAGCUCUGUUUUAACAAAUGCUCAUCAAGAGGUGCAGCAUAUUAUCUAUUAUCACACGCUGAAGGAAUUAUGUGUUGAGAUAUUUCAAUAUAAAUAGAAUUUAUAUUACAGUAAAAUUCUAAAUUCAUUACAAUGUGUUUAUCAAUGUAUUUUCAUCUUAUUUUUCUCAGUAUUGUGAAUAUUAAAAAUAUUAUUUUGUAUAAUUUUUUUAUUUAGAUUAGAUUAUAUUUUGGAAACAUCGCAGCAUGUUGAUCUUCAUGCAUUUAAAUUUACACUAAGGUGUGUUGUUCUUUUAUUAUUAUUCAGGAUCAUUUAGAUGUAUAUUUUCAAGAUGCCUAUAUGUUUAAUUCUGCAUGACAUACAGAAAAAAGGCUCCAUCAUAUAUAACAUAUAGGCAAAAGGAAGAUAAUUUGAUUUGCUGUUUUUUUUCUCUAGAUGGGUUCAGCUUUCUUUAAUUUACUGCAAAUACAAGCAUCCGAAUUCCAAACUGAAGUCAUGGAGCCCUAA